GCCGGACAGGGGGGCCUGGAACGCUUUCUGCCUCUUUAGCGCCGCGUGAGGCGGCGGGGCUUCCCGUCUGCUUCAGGGGGAGAUGUCGUUGCCGCCUGUCGCCAGCUUCGUGGCCGGCCUGGGCAGGGCCUGCUCGCCCUCCUCCUCCGUCACCAAGCGGGUCCUAGAAAAAGACCGUUGCUUGGUUGUCUAGCAACGAGCUUCCUCGUGAGAGGCGUCGGAAGCGCGCCGCUCCCCACCCUGGGAGUUGUAGUCCCUCCGCGGUCAGCUUUCCCAUACUGUUGAGCGGUAGUAGGAGCAAGGCUGGACUACAGCGACCGAGAGCCACCGGGGAAAGCCUAGAAAAAGGUUUACCUCACACGCCUCCUAAUGCAGGAGUCUGUCGGGGCCACGGAAAGAGCGGCGGCUUGUAGCCCGAGACCCGCCUGGGGAAGCUCGCCGAGUUACUCUGCCUCCAUGAGGGAGGCCGGAGGGGAGUCGGGCUUGGCGGAGUCUCUGGAGCGGUGUCAGCAAAGCCUGCACGGUGAGAGAGCGAGAGGCGGGAAGGCAGGUUGGGCUCGCGGGUCCUCCUUUCAGACCCCCCCAUGAACUCCUGUCGCCCCUCUCAGUGCUGCUCAGCACCCACAGAUGCGCCUUGCAGCGCUUCGGGGAUGCGUCUCUAGAAAUGUGCGCCAAGCCCGUGGUGGCCCUCUGUGGGGCAGAUUUCUGCAGGCGUGGUGGGGUGUGCCGCUUUCCACUUCACGCAGAACUGUGUGCAUUAGGCUGAAAAGUAGCGGAUUCUCCAAAACUGCAACUGCCAGCUGCCGGGUAUUUGGUCUGCCUUGGGUUCACUGGUGCAUUUUGUUUUUUGUUUUGUUUUUAAUCGCGGUGACACCUCUUCCCACUCUGUAUACCCCAUAUCCUGACCCCUCUGCCCUUAUGUGAGACUCUCCCAUGUCCUAAAGGCUCCUUAAAGGCUCUUCAGGGUCUCCCUUCUGAUAAAUGCCUUUUUAUUGAGGAAGAUGAUUGAGCUGGUGGUUGCUGUGCAAGUUGCAUCAACUCUUCAAUGAAACUGAUUUUCUUAAUCCUUUUUUGGCCUGGCUUUGACACAGAAAGUUCAGUAGAAGUUGUGUGACCUGCUGAUUCUCCUGAACCUCUGUGCUGCUUUUGAUACCACUGACAAUGGUGGCCUAUAUAGGCUGACCAGAUUGGGAAUUGGGAGGCAGCAAGUGGUGGUGGUUCCCUUCAGAAGUUUUGCUCCUGCUUGGAUGAUUUCAGUAGAUGGGCUGCAAGUGGGAGGCAACUGCUUGACUUCAUUAUAGUAAAGUUGUCACCCCUCCCUGCCCCACACACUAUUUAACAUCUAAAUUCAACCACUGAAUGUGGUCAUCUGUACCAUCUGUACAGUAUGACAUCAUCUCUGUUUGUUCUCUUUAUCACACCCAAGUGAUGCACGGGAAGUAUUGAAUGUUUGGAACCAAAAGUCAACCAGGAAGGUGGUGUUCAAGCUGUUUGGAUAGUGUUGCACUUCCUCUAAAAGAGUGGUCCCAAACUGUUUCCCCCACGGACCACUUGAAAAAUAUCUGAAGGUUUUUCGCUGCAUGUUAUAGCAGUUGUAAUGUCCUAUGUUAGAUACAGUAGGAUUUUAAACCGUAUUGUUAUAUGCUACUCCAAUUUAUGAGCAGUAUGAGAUUCCAGGGUCCGUGUCUUUAUGAUAUAUGGUUUAUUUACACACAUACACAACCUGAGCCUAUGAAGCAGGGGUUCAGAGCACCCUAAAAGGGCUUUGCUUCUGUCAUAGCUGUGGCUUUAGAUUCAAACAGAAAUCAAGAAUUGCGUUUGGGAACCCUUGCUGUAAAAGAGCAGGUUUACUACUUAGGGUACCAGUAGAUCCACUGUUUUAACUGGAGAUGCCAAUGGCAUCUGUGGUACACCAACUUUGCUUGGUGCAUCAGUUGUGAUCCUUUCUUGUAACCUCUUCACUGAACUAUCACAAUGCAAUUAUGCAAGGCUAACUGGAACUGACUUUGAGGAACAUACUGUGCUGAUGCUUAAAUAGCUGUGCUGGUAACUGGUCCCAUUAUUUAAAAGUUCAUACUAUUACCCAUAAACUCUUAAAUGGCUUGAAGGGCUGCCUUUUUUGACAUGAGCUUGCCUUAAUAUUUUGUUCAUUAGCAAAAACCUCCUGCCAUCUAAAGUUAGGUGGAUGAUGACUGGCGGGGAGGAUAUGUUUUGUUGUGGUGAUUUCUAUUUGCAAUGCUGUCCCUAGGGAAGCUCACCUAAUACCAUCUUUGAUGUCUGUGAUGAUUUUUUAAAAAAUCUGCCCAGGCCUUUUAGUAUGUUGUAAAGUAAGUGUCAGUACUAUCUUUAUAGCACCAUUGAAUUUUAUUGCUGUUUCUGUGCUUUCAAUGUUUUUAUGUGGAAUUUUUGUUGUAUUUAUUGUUCUUAAAUUGAAUAUCCCAACUGGAGUCUUGCACUGAUAGGUAGUCUAUGAAUUAAGUUUUUAAAAGUGUUCAAUGUUCACCCUUUGAGCACUUUCACCAGAUCUGCUAUGCUUCUGGGGUGACCGUUUUUCAAAACAUUUGGAAAUGGCAGUUCAUUCAUUUUGUUUUUAGGCAAAAGUUCAUCUAAUUAAGCUACAGGAACAUGAGGUUGUAAAAAAGUGAUAACGCUAACUUAGAACGAGGUACUUGGCAAGGCCGCCUGCUAUGUCCAAUGCUGUUUGCACUCUUUCUGGAAUCCAAAGCUAAUCUCAUAUGAAAUAAUAAUCACAUAUCUUAGUAUCAAGUAUGGCAAUGAAGAGUUCAAAAUUGCACUUUAUGCUGAUGACAGCAGUGAUGGAAUUUUCAUUCACUGCCUUUGUGAGUGUUUUUAGCACCCUCAGUGAAUCCAAUUAUAAGUAACCCCAACCGAAAAAAGCAAACAUUUUCUUAUACAAGCAGAAAACAAAGGCCAUGCAGAAUAGACACUCAGAAGUACCUAAGACAUACCACCAACAAGAAAAUAAGUUUCUUUUUUUUGCAAGUGCAAAACUGUUGGAGGCUGCUCCUCAGGUCUGGCACUGCGAUUAUUGAUUUCCUGUUCCAAUUCCCACUUGUUCCUGCAACACUGCUAAUGACUUCCACAGUAGAGGAACUACUGGGGCUUGCAGAUGAGAUGGAUGCAAGUCAGACAGGUGGGCAGUAGAUUGGCUAUAGUAUGCCAGUUUGGUAUUAUAUAGGUUGGGUAUCUAGCAAGCCAGAGUUAGGGGGGCUAGCUGUCAGUUGAACUGUGUGAUGUUGAUGCAGAUUUUAUGAAGCAGCCAGCCACCCAUAUUCCUGAGUCCUUUGGAAUAUUGAGCUGCUGAUUUUAAACUAGAGUGGCUCCCUAAGCAUAAUUUGGCUGUUGUUGCAGAGCCACGUAAGAUGCAUAUAUGACACUUUACACACAUACCCAAAAAAAGGGGGGGGGGAGAAUACCUUUUAAAAAAUAGCAAAGAUUCAUAGUUGCCACUGGUGCAUUAGCAAACAUCUUUGUGGACACCUACCUGUGCUGUAAUCCUAUAUCUCCUUAGCAGAACUCAGUUGGAAUUAUUUCUGAGUAGACAUUCUUAAAAUUUGCAUUGCAUAAAAUUCUGAAGUACUUUGAAUUUUAAUCCUCUGCACUAACCAAACUCAGUUGAACUCAGUCUUCCUUCAGCAUAUAGGCACAAAACUAGUUUUUAUCAUUAGAAUAUUUCUUCCCAACUCUAUAGGGUUGCCAUAUUUCAAAAAGUACAAACCAGGACGUUGUUGAGCUUUUUCUAGGAAGACUCCCAAGGUGGGAUUUCUCUGUUUACUUGCCGAAGAUCCAGGACAUACCAUGUUUAGAGUAAGAGAAGGAAGGCAAGUUUACAACUGUUAAGUGGGGGAAAUGAAGUAUAUUUAUAAUAUACUUGUGUAAUAAAAUACAAAAAAAGUAAACCCACUUAUUUUCCUAAUCAUAUUAUAAGCUAUUUAAGCAAUAUAUACAUCCUGUAUAGUUGUAUAUUACUAUUGGAAAUAAGCUUUUUUUAUUCUAAUAUUUUUCUCUUCCUUAGUUGUUUGUGUUGGUUUCUUCUGUGGUUGUUGUAUUUAAGUAUUAACUUUGCUAAUUUCCUUAGGGUUCUAAUGGUCAGCCUCAUUACAUAUGUUAGAACAUCAAAGAAUGUCUAUAUAAUUAUGAUUAUAAUGCUGCUGUUCACAGACCGCGCUACUAAAAGCUACGCUCAAUUGAAGUAUGCCUUCGGUGAAAAAGAUCUGGCAAUGGGAGAAGGUGCUCAGUUAUUUUCUAAUACAGAUCCUAAUGAGAGUGAGAAUAAAGCUUGGCAGGAGCUACAGCACAACCAUGCAGGUUUGAAACUUACAUUUUUGGGUUUUGUUUCCAUUUACAAUGGCACGAUUUAUAAUUUACCUUGCCGAUUUUUUGCAGUUAAUCAACUUAAAGCUUUAUUACGACAACAAGAAGAAAAAGAGACUGAAACAUCCCCAUCGAGGAGGAGGAGAAUGUCACCCACAGUAAGCAUUAUCCUCUUUUUUCUUUUUAAGGAAACAAAUAAUUACAUGCCUGAUGGCAAAGUAUCUAUAGAAGUAGCAUUUAUGCUGUCACACUUGGUGAAUCACAUAGACGUUCCACAAGGCAUUAAUGGGCUAGUUAAAUGUGUUUAUUAAAGAUGUAAAGUUUUAUAUUCAUUGCUGUCUAGCUUUACUUCAGCCCCAUAAAUCUGGCCAAAUGUAUGCAACAUGCGCAGAGCCCAGCAGCAGGAAAUAUAUGGAAAGCAAGUGAUCUGUAUUUACUGUUAUUAUAAUAUGUGAAUAGAACACCAACUAAAGUCUGAUGGUGUUCAAGGCAGAGGUGAUGGAGUUCUGAGCUGCUCAUGAGAGCCUUUUCAUGCAGUUAAAGAUCUGAGAGCCCAUUCUAGUGUGUGUGUAAUUAUUUAUAUUAUAUUAUAUAUUAUAUUAUUUGCUCAGGGGGUAGAGGCUGUUUGUAAAAUGUCGUUUGCAGGUUGUUUAGAAGAAUACUUAGACCUAAUUUUUGCUCCAUUGGAGCAAUACUCAGCCUAUCAACAGCAAGUAGACCAUGUUGUCCCAGAGCCAGAGGUCUCUCAACAAGGAUUGCUUCCAUCUUGUCUGGAUUCACUUGCAACAUAUUAACCUUUAUCUAUCACCUGAGAGAAGGAAGCCUGCUUGUAUAAAAGUAUUAAUAUCUGAGGAACAAAGGGCCAGGUAAAAUGAAACUAAAGUCAACAAAUGAACACUAGUGCUGGCAUACUCUCUAUUUUAAGAGCUUAUCCUAAGAGUAAAGUAUUUAUGAUCUUCUAAGCACUCUUAAUGAGCACAGAAGAAAAUCUGGCUUUGAUUCAAUAAUCUUACUAGAUAUCAAUUGCAGAUAACACUUAAUGUAAGUUAUUUAAUUUUAAAGCAUUUGUUCAACAUAAACAUUGCUGGAGAGGGGCUUGCUUAUAAAUACUUACUGUGCCUAACUGAUUUAUUUCCUGCAGAGAACAUCUAAUGCUACAGAUCAAAAUUUGCCUGCCCUUUGUGAUCUCAUUUCUAUCAUUAAUGACCAGUCACAAUACAUUAACCACUUAGAAGCUGAAGUAAAGUUUUGUAAGGUAUUGUACAUUGUUCUUAACCUACUUAUUACUUGUUCUGUCAUGUGGAUUACAUUGUGUACAUUCAGAAUUGAAACAAAACACAAGAUAGAUUAUGCCAUCUAUUUCCUGUUGGUUAGAAGCAGACCUCAACCAAAAGAUACAAUUUAUCUUCAGUCAAACAUAUCUUAAAUAGGAACUAAACACAUAGAAAAAAGGACUGUGAGCAUUAUGUGACAGGAUGCUGGUACAUUUCUGUUCUUCAGCCUCUUUAGUUGCAUCCUUAUCAUGCUAAUUGCAUAUCCAAUUGCACACUUGCCCCACAGCACACAUGUACUUGCAACCACAUAUUCCUCAGUUGCACACAUGCCAUAUACAUGCCUGUCACUAUGUUCACAUUUAACACUUGCAGACUCGCUGGCCUUCUCCAGAUGACCCAUGAGCAUUUAUCCUGAUUUGCUUGCACAAAUCUUAUGUGGAGGUUAGACUACAUCAAGCCUGUUUGUUUGUUUGUUUGCAGGGCAGUUAUACAGCAAGGAGCAUUCAUCCUGAUUUGCUGGUGGGAAAAUCAUAUGUUGAGCCCAAACUUUUCAGUGCAUUCCCUGACACUUUCCAAGCCAAAAAAGUCUGUUUCUUUUUUUAAAGUGGAUCUGUUACGUUUAGGCAACAGAGUGCUUUAAUCCACAUUAAUUAUUCUGGCCUAGUAUGAGGUUGAAUCCCUGAUGCAAAAUACUGACAGUCUGGAGGUGGCCAGUGAGUCACUGAAGUAGACAUGUUUUCUUUGCAGGUUGCACUUAUUACUUCUUGACCUUUUCGACUAAGAUGAAGUUAGUGUAAUUUGCGCUUGUGAGUCUUUGCCUCUUAUUCUCUGCUCAGCCCUAAAUAAGACAUGCUUCUUCAGGUUAUAUUCAUGACUUCUAAGGGUUUACUGAUUUUGAGCUCUGGAUACAGAAGGUUCUGUAAAGCUACCUAAGCGCUGCCAGAGUAACUUCAGAUAAUAGAAAUAUGCAUUUUACAGUUUUAAGGAAUGCAAAGUAUCUAUGCCUGGGCUGUUCUUGUUUUCAACAUACUUUUUUUUAUUGUGCUGCAGUCUGGUAGUUGAGAAUAAUCCAUUAUAUUCCAGGUAAUGCUCUUCUGGUGUAGAAACCUUCCAUCCAUGUUGGAAUUAGCCUCAUAAGUGACUGAAAUGUCUGACAUUUGAUAAACAAUGCUCUCCCCAAGCAAAAACAUGUUUCUUCACUAUGUAUUUAAUCAGAUUUUAUGCAAAAGUGGACAUUAAUCUUUUAUGCUACAGUCAAGGGGACCUGAACAGAUUUGAGAAGAGCAUUUCAUUGCCACGUUUAAAACAAUUUCAUUACCAUCCUUUUUACAGUAUACAUAUUUGACUUUAUAGGAGGAUUUAUCUGCACUGAAGUCUCAAAUAUGUACAGUUGUGCUUGAAAAUGAGAAACUCCAUGAUAAACUGGAAGUAACAGCAGAGCACACUUUGAGAGAACAAACCCUUCUGGAUGCCUCAGUAAGUUUUCUGGAAUUUAUAUAUGUCAGUUUAUAUUGAUUAUAUACAGCUGUACUUCAAUAACUAAUCUUUAAAAUAUAUGGAACUUGAAAAUACAAAAAAAAAGUAUAAUGUGCAAUAGCCACACAGCUUAUUUUACUACAGUCAUACCUCGUGUUGCGUUCCGCUCUUGUUACGGACUUUCAGCUUACGAACGCGACAAACCCGGAAGUGUUUACUGUGCAGUUUAGUGUGCAGAAGAGGCACUGUAGUUGCGGACUUUUCAGGGUGCGAACGGCACCCCGAAACGGAUUAAGUCUGCAACUAGAGGUACCACUGUAUUUGUAUUUGUCAUGAUCUGGUAUGCACAGUGUUUUUAUUCUUUUUACAUAGAAGUGGUAUGCACUGAAAAUAAAAGUGACUUUUGCUAGCCAUAGGUGAGUGCUAAAUUAAACCCACCCACCCCAAUCACCCUUUGUUCUUUCUAGCUAUACUUUUUCCGACUUAGAAGCAGAAGCACAUAAUUUUCCUUCCGAUCAUUGCACAAGCUGGACGUAAUUUCAAUUGUUUGGCUUUUCUGCCCCAUCUCCCCAAUACAGUCCUGAACAAUUUCUUCUGGAAAUCAUGCAACCUUUAAGAAAAGACAUGGGAUAUGUUGCCAGGGUGGGUUGCAGUAGAAGAGGGCAGCUUGUGGAAGUGUACUACUUGCAUAAUAUUUAGAUGCAACACAAUGCUAUUAACAUGCUCUUUGUGUAACUUCAUAGGAUAUCCCAUUUUCAUAUAUUGUGUAAUGUUUUUGUUCGAUGUAUGUAUAGAUAUGAAAUGGGCACAGACACUGAAAAGCUAUUGUUCCUGUUUCAGGGAAAUACACAAAAUGCCGGUGGUGAUGAUUCUCAUGUUUGUGAAACUGCCAAAUCGUCUCAUAUCAACGAGCAGGCUACAGCAGCUACAUUUCUGGUCGAUAAAUGGCAGCUAGAACUGGUCAGUGCCUAUUAGAAACCCACUGAACUAUUCAUAUGGCAUUAUUUUAUUUACUCUUCUGGAAUAGGAAAUUACUUAAAUGUCAUCACAGAGAAUUAUGGAUAAAACAAAUACUUUUAAAGUGACCAACAUAAUACAGUUGGAUCCACAGCUUGCAGAAGGGAGCUGGCAGAAGCUGAUAUUUCUGUCUCCUCCUUCCCCAAGCAUCUCUCCAAAGCCUGAGGUUUGAAGACCCUGCUCACUUGGGUAGACGGUGGCUUGGAGGCUGAGGAGGAAAGUCAGAAUGUCGGAAUUCCAAAAAUCUGUUGGAAGCUUGCAAACAGUGCCCAAGAGAACAGAGGGAGGGAAAGUUAGCUUCUGACAGUCACUUUCUUUGGACCUUUCUCUCAAACUAAUCAAUAACAUGGAAUGUAGCUUUUGAGUUGGAGAGAACUCUUCCUCUGUAUACAACUGGAGAGUUUCCUUUCUGGAUCUGUUCAAUGUCCUUCAAAUUCAGCAUUCUGGUCUCUGGCAGGGGCUGAUCAGAUGUGCCUGGAAACCUCACAGACAUGAUGCUUGUCCUCCAUACUGAGUAACCAAGAUACAGGGAGGAAUUCAACAUUGUGCAUCUUCUGAUCAGUCCAUCAGUGCAAGCAUUUUAAGUUAAUUGAUUUAAUGAAAAGAAACUAUUUGCCAACUGUUGCUUGAUAGAAUGUUUUAGCAAAGUAAUAAUAAUAAUAAUAAUUUUUAUUUAUACCCCGCCCUCCCCAGCCAGGAGCGGGCUCAGGGCAGCUAACAACCAAUAAUAAAAACAAGUUGAUUGAAAUACAACUUAAAAAACAAAAUUAAAAUACAAGUAGUAGUAUCUUUAAUAAAAUCAAAGAUGUUAACACAUGAAAUUUAUUUCCACAUUAGUUCAGGCAUGUUACACGGCCCCUUCUGACAGUGUCUCGCCACACCCUGCAGUCUCCCCCCUUCUUUCUAUUUUUUUGUAGUGCCCAAGGCUACAAAACAAUUGCAUUGUUACUAUUUUUGUCAUAUUUUUAUUACGCUUGUUUUAAGAUGAUAAUAAUAAUAAUAAUAAUAUUUAUUUAUAUCCCACCCUCCCCAGCCGAAGCCGGGCUCAGGGCAGCUAACAACAAUCAAAUAAUCCAACAUUCUAAAAACAUUUCAUUAUAAAAAUUAAUUAAAAUCAAAUUGAUGGCAACCAUUAAGCAAAAUUCUGUGCAGAUUGCCAGAGGAGGGAGUCAGGCUGCGCCCUGACCAAAGGCCUGGUGGAACAGCUCUGUCUUGCAGGCCCUGCGGAAAGAUGUCAGGUCCCGCAGGGCCCUAGUCUCUUGUGACAGAGCGUUCCACCAGAUUGGAGCCGCAGCCGAGAAAGCCCUGGCUCUAGUUGAGGCCAGCCUAACCUCUCUGAGGCCUGGGACCUUCAGGAUGUUUUUAUUUGCAGACCGUAAAUUCCUCUGUGGGACAUACCAGGAGAGGCGGUCCCAUAAGUACGAGGGUCCUAGGCCGUAUAGGGCUUUAAAGGUUAAAACCAGCACCUUAAACCUGAUCCUGUACUCCACCAGGAGCCAGCGCAGCUGGUAUAGUACCGGAUGAAUGUGAUCUCGCAGCGAAGACCCUAUAAGGAGUCUCACCGCAGCAUUCUGCACCUGCUGGAGUUUCUGGGUCAGUCUCAAGGGCAGCCCCACGUAGAGCGUUACAAUAAUCCAGUCUGGAGGUGACCGUUGCGUGGAUCACUUGUUACUUACAACAAAGAUCUGUUGUUACUGUAGCUUCCUCCAGUAUUCCUUAUUUAUUACUAUCACGGGUCUCCUCGGUUACUUUGGUUUUAAUAUGCCUUUUAGCAAAUGGUUCAUUUAGAGCCUAUUUUUCUGUUUGUGUGAUUGGUAUGCCAGCUCCAACACAUUCCAUUAUGACCCUCAUGAAUAUUCAUUGCUAUACUGCAAUUUGCUGCCCACACCCAUUUAUAGGGCUGCAUAGAAUGUAUGUGUUCUGUGUUGUUUUCUCCUUCCCAUAGUCAUUCCUCCCUACCAUCUUUACCUUUUUCUAUUGUGGGCAUGCAUGCAUGCAGGAAAUACUUGUGUGUGCACUUGACAGGAAGGGAGGUCAUGCCAGGUAGAAUGGACAGAUCCAUUUCUGUAGUGACCCCAUGGCUAUUACUGUGUAAGCUCCUUACUAUGAUGCAAUACAAACAAACUCCUCCUUGCUAGUUUUGGUAGGUGGGCUCUAAAAAUGUUUUUGCUAUAGGGUCUAAUAGGUUGUAGCCUCUGUUUUUAAUCCUGUAGUGUUAUGACUGCCUGUGAUAUAUUGAUUUGAAAUGUUUUUACUAAUAUUCUGUUAUUGUCCUUGUGUUGUUUAUAUAUGUUAUAUGGUCUUAAAUGCUGUAGGUCAUAGUAGGAAAAUACUAUAUUUUGAAUGGCUGUUAAUGUAUACAAAAUUCAUUAGAAUUUUAUUAAAUUUAAAAAAUAGGUCUUUAUUAUUAUGAUCAGAUUUCUUGACAUGUCUCUUACUUGUAGUUAAAUAAGCCACUGUAUUUAUUUUGUUUUAAAGGAAAAUCUAAAAUGUCUCUAUCAAGAACAGACAGAAGCACUUGAAGCUCAGGUUCUUUCCCUAAGGUAAAAAAAAAUCUUUUCACUUCAGAUUGGUAUCUGCCACCUGAAUGAAUUUUGUUUUGUUUUGCCUCAUUAUAACUAUCCAAAGUUUAGCAUAAUAAAACUUUUUUUUUUCCAUCUCUGCCGUGCUAAGCAGCUGGUCCCUUACCUUUCUCACCCUGAUCUUGCCACAGUGAUCCAUGCGACAGUCACUUCCAGGCUUGAUUGUUGUAAUUUGCUCAACGUGGGGCUGCCCUUGAAACUGACCCAGAAACUCCAGCGGGCGCAGAAUGCCACGGUGAGGCUCCUUAUGGGGCUCUUGCCACGGGAUGAUAUCCAUCCAGUGCUAUACCAGCUGCACUGUCUCCCAGUGGAGUACAGGGUCAGGUUUAAGGUGCUGGUUUUAACCUUUAAAGCCCUAUGCAGCCUAGGACCCUCGUACUUAUGGGACCGCCUCUCCUGGUAUGCCCCAUGGAGGACCUUACGGUCCACAAACAAAAACAUCUUGGAGGCCCCGUGCCUCAAGGAGGUUAGACUGGCCUUGACUAGGGCCUUUUUGGCCCUGGCCCCGGCCUGGUGGAACGCUCUGUCACAAGAGACCAGGGCCCUGCAGGAUUUGACAUCUUUCCACAGGGCCUGCAAGACAGAGCUGUUCCCCCAGGCCUUUGGUCGGGGCCCAGUCUGGACCCCCCCUUUUUUUUUUGUUAUAAGACCCAGUAUGUAAGUGGCCUCCCUAACCCUUUGCACUGGCUCAUGUUAGACCAGCACAAACAGUUGGGCCUGGUGAGCACUCAGGUAAGGGGAACUCUGCUUCUGUCUCUCUGCCAUAUUGAUGGUCUUUUAUCCAGCCUUGUUUCUUGCUUAUAGUGUUGUAUGUCACUUCCUUUCUAGAAAAGAGUUAUCAGAGUCUCAAAAAAAGUGUGAAGAUCUGAGUGGAAGAUUAAAGCAUCAGCAUUUGCUCAGUGCAGCAAGUAGUUCCAUCAGAGUUGGUGGCCUUUGCCUACAAUGUGCACAGCACGAAGCUGUUCUUUCCCAGACACAUUCAAAUGUCCACAUGCAAACCAUUGAAAGGCUAACAAAGUAAGUAGCGGGAUAGUUAAAUCCGAAAUUAAAACAAAUUAUUGCAAGGUGAUUUUUAACAGUGUUUAAGUCAUGAUUUGGGUGUCAUUUGCUGUGAGGUUCUGCACAAACUCCAUUAAGUGCAAAAUCCAUUUUCUCCAAGGUCACCUUCCUUUCCACCUCUCUCACAACAGUGUGCUUUAGUUGUUUGCUGAAGUCUCGGAGGAGACUUCAUGAAGAGAAAUUUAAAACUUUGGAUAGAAUAUCGACAAAACACAUUUCAUGGGUGUUUCUCUUCCUUCUUAGCCCUCUACAAAACCAUGUUCCUUGAAGCAUAACAUAAUUGUGCUUUUAUUUCUGUGUGGCCAGGUAACUUUUAUAGCAAAAGCAGGAGAAUUCACUUCAGUACUUUGUUUAUGUUGUUUAUUGCUUUGCAUCUGACUUGAAACCCAUUUCCAGGACUUCAAACCCCUGUUGUGCUUAUCGGUCAUAAAGCUAGUAUGAAAAGGAUUUUAGAAAGGUUGCUGGUGAGUUACUUCAGAUAUCUCUGCUCCACUCUGGGAAUGCUGAGCCAUUCAGGCUGCCAGACUCUCUCCAUCAUAUUUGUGCGUCUAGGUUUUUAUGGUCCCUAAGCUUAUUUUUCUUACCUAUGGUUCUUUUCUCUCCCUUGAUGCAACAAGAAGUGUUCAUACAACAUCUCUAGCGGGUAAGAACUUAAUUUACAUAAAAAGACCCAGUGUCCAUCUGGACACCUAACAAGAAGAUGGGAGAGGCAUCCUAAAUGCAAAGAAUCCAAAUUGUUAACUUUUUCUGUAUACUUUGAGAAUCACAUUAACAUAGGAUUGCACCUUGAAUGUAAUAACUCUAUCUAUGGUAACCCAAGAGAAAGUUCCAUUGAAAUAAGUGUGAUUUUCCUGUAAAUUUAGAUAGGAUCAGUCUGUCAAUUACUGACUAAGGGCUUGCAUGAAUAACCAUUCACCAUCUCUGACAUGCAUAUCUAAUAGUCUAGGUCAGAAUUGUACAUUUGAAAAUGUGCAUGGUAGUAUUGCUUUAAUCACUGGCAACAAGCAUUUUGCCUGCCUUGCAUGUGUGGCUUAUUCCUGUUCUUCCCUCCCCAUUAAACAUACGCUAUACAUCACAGAGAAUAGUUGAUUCCCUAGUUUACAUUCUGUAUGCAUUCCUUUUAUAUUACUCUCUUUUAAAGUCCUAAAACAGAAGCAGUGAAGAAUCCUAGACUUUCUGGUUCUGUGCUGCAGAUUAUACAGCCUAGGGAAUCUGUUCUAGAGUUGAAAAGAUUUUCAGUGCAGUUGCCCAUAUUCAAUACUGUAGCUUAAUGUGGGAUCCAUUCUUUAUCAUUGCCAUAAUCACGAUUCUAUUUUGCUAGAUGCAUUGAACUUCAUGUAUUUUUUUUUUCUUGACUGUGUGUGUUUGCUAUAUUGUGUUCUGGUGGGAUGCUACCCAGUUUGCAUAAAUUGUGAUGUACCUGUUACUACUACUCAGCACAUCGUGAGAACUCACAUCAUAAUAUAAGUUUCAAAACGUUGCUAAAAUGAAACACUGAUACUAAUUUUAAGUGGAUUUUAUUUCCUUGGUUAAUUCAUAUAUUUAUUUCCUUUUUGAAAAAAAAAAACAGUGAAAGAGAUGAGCUAAUGGCAGCACUUUCUUCAGUCAGAGUAAACCUAAGUGAAAUGCAGCAAAGGGAAUCUAAUGCUUAUGAACAAGUGAAGCACGCUGUACACAUGACAGAAGAAGCCAAUUUGGAAAGAACUAAGGUAAAAUAGCACUACUUUUGGCAUGCCUAAGGAUAUACUUCUGAUUAUCACUUGCUUGGACAAAUAAUAGAGAGACAGUUACCUUCAAGUCUACUGUACCGGAGAUGUCUGGCUGGCUGCUUUACAAAUCAGAAUGCUGGAUUAGAUGGGUCUUUGGUCUGAUGUGAUAGGGCUGCUCUUGCAGUUUUGUUGGGAUUGUGAGCCUUGUUAGAUACUAAAGCAGUGACUGACUCUGCUUUCCGGAUGUUUCAUUAUCCCUAACUAGUGCCUGUGCUGGCUGGGACUGAUGGGUAUUGGAGCCUAGCAACUUCUGGAGGCCCAUGAGUUAGCAACCCUUCGCACUAUAGCAAAUAUUACCGAGAGAGAGAUGCUACUAAAUAAAAAUUACUGUGCUGCUCUGGCAUAAAUCAAGUGAUAUUUCCUUUCUUGCCCAUCCUUCAGUGAAGUGCCUGUAUUCUCCCCCCCCCCCCCCAUGCUCUCUAUUGCAUCUCUCACUCCCCAAAUGUUGACUACUACAAUACUUCCUUUAUGUUUGUUUCCUUUCCUAUCCAAAUAACAUUUUGAUAUGGAGGGGAAAUGGGCAUGGUGUAUUAUAAAAGUUGACUUAUUGAACAACUAAGUUUCUUACACCCAACAGAAUAGAACCGGUCUCAGAAAUAUAUGUCUUGGUUUUCAUUCAUCUUGAGAAUUAAGAAAGAGUGUGUGUUAAGUUGGUUUUGCCUCCCAAUGCCGUAUUUCAGAUAGUCUCCACUCAUAUUCCUUACAGGGCAAGUAUUACAGUUUUCUUAGAAAUGCUACUCCGUUAAGUCCUCUCUGUUCAAAUCGGGUUUUAUGAACUUUGCUUGCUGUUGGUCAGGUUUCUAAGCUUUCAGAACUCAUACAAGCAGUGAAUAAUUUUUAUCAUCUAUUUUAGGGUGCAGCGUGAAUAAUAUUAAACAGCUUUAAAAACAUUUAUGGUAGUGAGUUGUCUUGAUAAUGAGUGCCAUCUGCUGUGUAAUUAGUGAAUUACCUCUAAUUGUGAGAGGUUUAUAAUCAAACAUAACUUUCAUGAGAGAGAAGAUUAUAUUGUAUAAACAGGAAAUAAUUUUCCCAUACUAUGAUUUCAAAUAAAUUCUGAAAAGAAUACAACUGGCCUCAGUUUCAAGACUUGAGGUUUGAUUGUUUAAAAUAUUUAUAAAUCAUUCAAUGUUUUUAAAUUCUUUUAAGUGUUCUACAUAAAAAUAGUAAACAAUAACUUUAAAACAAAAAUGCAACAUCGAACAGUAUUAUUGUUGGCAUCUAUCUGUCUCCAGAGACAAUGGAGUGCACCUCCGGGGUGAAGUCAAACCACUGGAGAAUCGCAGCACCUGCUGUGGCUGCAGAGACCAGUAACCCAUAACUGCUGCCUCCCGCAUUGUUUUUGCUGCGUUAGCAGCACUGAAAUGACCUCUCCAGGGCACAAGCCUGGGCAGUGUGUUUGGAGGUUUUGGACUGCCCAGACAACAAGACCUCUCCCCUCUCAGCCUCGCUGAUAUGGUCCAAAGGAAAGUAGAGUAAUAUGUUUGGCACCAGCAGGAGUUGCCAGAAGGAUUGAACACUAUCCAACUGUCUUAGGGAGUCCACCCUGGAUUUGUUUAGGGUUUACUCUUAGUAUUUUUGUUCCCCGAAAAUGUCCUGCAAGGCGGAUGCUAAAACAGUAUAAAAGGAUAUAAAAACAGGAAUUCAUGCAAAUAAAAACAGGAUCUGAUCUUAUUGGUCAGGGAGAGCCUAGGCAAAAAGAUAUCUUUAGAAGACUUUGAAGCAACCAAUAGUUGCUGCUUCAUAUACGGCUGCAGAAAGAGCGUUGAAGAGUAGAGGAGUCCAUUUUCAGGUCAAAGUACUAUGACAUACUGGAACAUGCAGUACCAUGAGUAGAAGUUCUGCAAGUGAUCUAAGUAAUCUUACAUGUCUAUACAGUGGCAGACGGUCUGUUAGGUAACCUCGUCCUGUUCAGGGGUUUAUAUGUUUACACCAAGGCAUUAAACAUGGCCCAAUGGCUGAUUGAGGACUCUGUGCUUCAUCUGUGCAAAGGAGCUCAGAGUUCCUUUAUUUUGAACAGUUGUGUACAAGAAGGUAUUUUUACUUCUGCACAAUAAACUAACUACCAAAAUUUCCUGUUGUGCGUUGCUUCUAAAAGGAUAUAGGAGCUCUAUUGUCCUUUGCUUUAGGUUACCCUAAAGAGAAGCAAAAAUGGGGAUUCCCUAGUGGGCAUUAGGAACCCCCUCCCAGUGGGUAAUGUGUUAUUUUUAUUGCCUGAUGCAGGAAAAAUGUUGUCGCGCCACAGGAAGCUCUGCAAAGACCGCUCCCUUGAAGUUUCAAUUCAUUUCUCUUGCCUUGCUUAUAUAGUAUUUACCUAGUUCCUGUUCUAGCUUGCUAUUUUUCUCUUCUUGCUCAUUCUUACUGUUUUUCCUCACGGUUUAAAAGAAGCUAAGAAAUACCUGCCUUCCCAUUUAAUAAUUACAGUCAUACCUUGGUUCUCAAACAGAAUGCAUUCGAAAACCAAUACGCAGCUUCCGACUGGCUGCAGGAGCAGCGUCCUGCAGCCAUUCAGAAGCCACAGAAACCACACUGGAUAUUUGGCUUCCGAAAAUCAUUCGAAAACCAAAACACUCGCUUCCAGUUUUCGAUCGUUCAGUAGCCGAAACGUACAAGUUCCAAGGUGUUUGGCAACCAAGGUACGACUGUAUUUUAGAAAUGCUUGUUUUUACGAAAAUGCUAGUGUCACAAAAGAAAAUAAGAUUUGCUUGUCAAGACUGCAACUUCACUAAACUUGCUCUGAGAUUGUAACCAGGCUUAUGCUCUUAAGAAAGCAUUGCGUAAGAGUACAGCAAUUACAUUUACGCUCAGAAAGUAAGUUUCUGAGGCUGCAAUCCUGUAAACAUUUACCCAGAUGUAAGUCUCAUAAAAAUCAAUGGAACUUAUACCUGAGUAGACAUGCGAGUCUAGUUUUCAUUGCAUGCUUUCAGUGAGAUGUACAGUAGUACCUCCGGUUAUGUAACUCUCUGGUUACAUAAACUUCAGGAUGCAAAAGCGGCAAACCCAGAAGUAUUUGACCGGGUUUCGCCACGCGCACAUGCACAGAAGCAGUUCUCAGGUUGCAGAAAAUUCGGAAUCCGACCGGACCUCCGGAACGGAUCCCAUCCGCAAUCAGAGGUACCACUGUACUUUGAAAUUCACAGUGAAUAUUAGCAUACUUGCAGCAAAAUCCUGUUAAGCAUAUAGUCCAUUACUGAUCUAAUUCUGUUUGGCAGUCACAGUGAUUGGUUCUCUCUUAUGGUCCAAGUGGUUCUUGGGAAAGAUUUACAAAAGUUAUCUCUAUUCUUCAAAUAUACUAUGCAUCUCUAUAUAGCCAUAUAUUAACUUAUUUAAUAGAACAAUGUUUAAUCUAGAAUUUUUGCUUGUCACUUCUACUUUUUCUGAUUUAAAUCUUGUUCUAGUUUAAAAAAUGAGCUAUUAAUUUCAGUCUUUAAAAUAUGACCAUUUCCACAGGCUCUAGUCCAAUGUGAACAACUUAAAAAGGAGAUGGAGAGAAAGAGAGAGCGUCUUGAAAGGGAAUUAGCAAUACAAAUAGAUAAGAGGGCUGAAGAGCGAGAAGCAGUUCGUGAAGAAAUGAAGAAAGAAAAAGAGAACUUGUCAUCGUUGGUAUUUUAAACAUUUUCUAUAUAAGCAUUUUGGACUGUAAACAGUUAUGCAUUCUGCUCUGCUGAAAGGCAGCAAAAUUUUGGACCUUUUUUGCCUUGUUUCAUCCCCCCCCCCAUUAAAACUUCAUAGCUAGUUUUUAAAGGGUGGGGAAUCAAUUGUGAUCUCCACAAUCAGGAUCAGCGGAACAUAGCUGACUUCUUGUGACAAGCAUGUGGUUGUCUGGUGGAAGCGGGGAAGCAGCAGUCACUUUACACUUAAUUUUCACACUAGUCCAAAAAUAUUAAUUACCCCUGAUGUGGACUAUCUCUAUAUAUCAUAGUGCACAUGUUUCCUCUAUAUUUCAGCAAAUAAAAUGUGUGUGAAGCAGCCCGGAAGUAACACAUUUUCUGCAUUUGCAAGAGUUUAUGUAUUGUUAUUGUAAGCUCUAGGUUUUGGGCUUCUUCUACCUUUUAAAUAACAGUGCAUUGACCUUCAGCAGUCUAUGAAAGCAGUGUAUUUACCAUUUGAAACAUAACAAAUUUUAGCUUUGUGCUAUCAUUUUACUGGUUAAUUAAGGGGUUUUUUUUGUUUCAGGUUAUGUCUUUAUCUCAGAAUGUGGCUAGCUUGGAGGGUCAGGUUGACAGGAUUACAAGGGAGAAGAUCUCUUUAGCCAAUCAGCUGGAAGAAGCUCAGAAACAAAAUGCUUGUCAUGAUAUUGAGAUAAAUAAGGUAGAAACGCAUUAUGAAAACAAAGUAAUCAACUGACAUUGAUAUAAAUAGAGAGUGGUUUGAUGCCUUGUACAUUAUGCAUGCUAAUUGGGCACACUUUUAUGAUUUAACUGUUGCAGCACUCUUUGGAUAGGUUUUUUGUUCACAAAAUAUGCAUAUGUAUAUUGAUAAAUCCUUUGUAGUACAGUCAUACCUCGGGUUACAACGACCAGUUCUGUGCCAACCAAGAGCUGCUUGUAUAAGGUAGCUUCCUUGUGUCCUAUGUAUAGCUGUCAACGUUUUCCUUUUUUUAAGGGAAAUUCCCUUAUUCCAAAUAGGAUUCCUCACAAGAAAAGGGAAAAGUUGACAGCUAUGUUACAGAUGGUUCGGGUUGUGCGAUUUCAGAUUGCGCACUGUGCCGAACCCAGAAGUACCGGAACGGGUUACUUCCGGGUUUCGGCGCAUGCGCAGAAGCACUGAAUCAUGACCCAUGUGUGCGCAGACGUGGCGCUGCAGGUUGCGAACGUGCUUCCUGCACGGAUCACGUUCACAACCCAAGCGUCCACUGUGCUUUUUAUUCUUUUAUUAAUUAGAGGACAGUCCCUCAGGUUCUGAUCUAAUUCUAGUGACAGCUUCCCAUUUCUACAUGUGGGAAUGGGAGACUGAAUGUUUUAUUCUUUAUUCUGUAAGCUACUCACAGAAUGUGUCAGAAUCAUAGAACUGUAGAGUUGGAAGUGGCCCCAAGUGCCAUCUAGUCCACCCCCCUGCAAUGCAGGAAUCCAUGACAGAUGGCCAUCUAACCUCUGCUCAAAAACCUCCAAGGAAGGAGAGUCCCCAACCUCCCAAGUGAGACCGUGUUGAUAGAGAGCAAUCAAAUAUGGUCAAUAAAUAAACUUUGUGGAGAAUAGCUAUUUCUUAAUAGACUCCGUAUUAAUUACACGAAUUAAUUAAUUAAUUGCAUGUACUAUGUGACAGUAGAUCAUUGCUGUAAAUGCAGAAGACGGAAAGAGUCUUGUUUAUAAAGUUAAAAUGAAGCUUUACGCUUGACCUAUCAAGCAGCAGAUCAUUCUUACAGGACAGGGGGAAGGAGUAUGUGUGCUUGUAUAAUUUUUUAAAACUGGUGUCAGAGAUACUGUAUUGUGCAUGCAGGCAUAAUUUACACAGACACUUUCCACAUGGCAAUCAUAUUAGAAAUAAUGGGUGAUAUCCAGCCACGUCAUAUGGGAAUAGACUCACUGAAAUCAAUAGAACAAUUACAUUGAUUUAAAUUGGUCUACUCCAAGUAUGAUUUAGUUAGCUAUCACCCAGUGGUACUAGAAAAAAAUAUGUUGAUGUUUGGAUACUUGUACAAUGCAGUAUUUCCCACAGUUAGGAGCAACUCAAAUAUAAAGCAAAUGUAAUUUUGAAAAAUUAAUUGAUUAUGGCUAUACCAACAUGGAAGGGGGGAGGGUUGAGUUGUAACACUUGGGAGGUAUUUGUGCCCCACGAAAAGUGCCCUGUUGCAAUUAUUUCAGAGAAGAGACUUUAUGGACAUUAAUAUAUUGUAGCUUGUAUUGAAGUGAGUGGGGAGGAAAUGUGUUCCUAUUGCCAAUUCUGCAGGGACAGCACUUGUUUUCUUGCUGUGCUGCACAGUAAUGAAACUACCGCAGGACAGCAAUGAAGAGAUGUUAUUUCUGUUGCCUCAGUAAUGGAAUGUGUGUUCCUCCCUUUCCCACUGGCACCCACUAAAAAGGAGGGAAUGCAGCUUUGUUGUGUCCAGCAAUGCCACCACUUAGUGACAACAUCACAUCCAACAUGUGAUCCCCUAUUUGCUGGGAUCAUCUGGAUUGAUAAAAUACAGAAAGAAAUUGGCUCAAGGCAGUAGCAAAUAGGGGAAACAGUAGCUGCGAGCAGUUGUGAACAGCCAUGAAAAAGCAUAGGAUUAGGAGGCUUUUAACCAUGUGGGCUGGUGAGUUUGCACCACUUUUACUUUGAAAAUAAAAGUCUGACUUAGCCCUAAAAUAAACUACUAAACAAUAGAUUUUGAAGAUAACCAGCAGAGGGCAUCAAAAGCUCUCCUUGUAAAUAAAUAUUGCUCUGUAUCCUGAAACUACACACUGUUAUCUAUUCAAUCUAACAGGUGUGUGGAGAAGUACGCUAUCAGUUGAAUCAUGCCAAAAUGAAGAAGGAUGAGGCAGAAAAGGAACACAGAGAAUAUAGAAUAAAAACUGUAAGGGAACUUGAAAUUAAAAACCAGGUAAGAGACCAUGAUCAAGCUGUUGUUAGAAACUUGAAUGUGUUUAUUCUUCCAGUAGUGAUAACUAGUUGUUAUAGGUUCUAAAUGGCAAGAAACCAGCUAUUCCUAAUAAAGAAAUUGUAUUUUUUUCCAGAGAGUUUUUAUCCUAAAAAAGUUGUAGGUAUAAAUAGCAAUGCAGUACUUAAAAUAUUCCAUCGUAUGCCAUGUGUAAACCAACAUGCUCUGUGUAUAUAUUACAGUGGUGCCUCGCAAGACAAAAUUAAUCCGUUCCGCGAGUCUCUUCGUCUUGCGGAUUUUUCGUCUUGCGAAGCACGGCUAUUAGCGGCUUAGCAGCUUAACGGCUUAGCGGCUAUUAACAGCUUAGCGGCUUUAAGAAAAAGGAAACAAACUCGCAAGAACUCGCAAGACGUUUCGUCUUGCGAAGCAAGCCCAUAGGGAAAUUCGUCUUGUGGAACGACUCAAAAAACGGAAAACUCUUUCGUCUUGCGCGUUUUUCGUCUUGCGAGGCAUUCGUCUUGCGAGGUACCACUGUAUGUAAUAUUAAUUUAUAUACAUUUGUUUGUGGUCUAUCAAAAGUUAAGACACAGUAACCACUGUCUAAUGUUAACAACACUGUUUUUAAAAACAUGAGUUAAAAUACAUAUUCUGCUCUGUCUUGCCUUUCUAAGAACUUAUUUUUAUUAAUUAGAAAUUUAUAAGAAAUCCAAAAAUAAGUUACUGCUCAUGUAAUACAGUGGUACCUAGGGUUACAUUCACUUCAGGUUACAUACGCUUCAGGUUACAGACUCCACUAACGCAGAAAUAGUACCUCGGGUUAAGAACUUUGCUUCAGGAUGAGAACAGAAAUCGUUCUCUGGCGGCGCAGCAGCAGCGGGAGGCCCCAUUAGCUAAAGUGGUGCUUCAGGUUAAGAAUGGACCUCCAGAACGAAUUAAAUACUUAACCCGAGGUACCACUGUAUUGGCAAUUUGUAGGCUUACUACUUGGUUGUGUCUUUCAGACUAGGGAAUUUAACACUGGUUACCUGUUAGAAUGCAUUCCUUAUUAGUAAGCAUUUAAUAUUGGGAUAAACCACUACUAAAUUAGGAAAUCGGACAUGUUUAUAUAGAAUCCUCUGAAAUCCCUUGUUAUGCUGUAUUUUUCGCUCUAUAACACGCACCCGACCAUAACACGCACGUAGUUUUUAGAGGAGGAAAAUCCGUAGGCAUGCCACCCGUAGGCAUUCCCUCCAUAACACGCACAGACAUUUCCCCUUACCUUCUAGGAGGAAAAAAGUGAGUGUUAUGGUGCAAAAAAUAUGGUACUUUGCCUUUCUGCCAGUUUCAAUUUUUACUGGCAGCACUACAGAGCUUUGUAUUAAAUCCCUGUUCUCAUUAAAAUGCACAUAUAUGUUAUGGAACAUGUAGUGCUGUGAAUUGAAACUGCUCUGUUGCCAAUAAAUAGCCAUUAAAAUAUUAUUCAAUACAGGAAUGGUGUGACUUAACAUUUUUGUAGAGUUUGUGAAAGGAAACUAAUCCAAAGAUGGCAGCUCUCAACACUGUAUCCAGUUCUGAUCUAGAGGGUCCUUCAACCUCCAAUGUGUGGGUGCCCCUUGUGUAUGUGGAGGUGUUUUCUGUUAAGUCAAAGCCACCAUUAGAUACAGCUUCUUUAAAUCAUUUGGUUAUCUCAUAUCAGUACAGGUGCCUUCAAAGUUUUUUGUAAUCUUUUUAAGGCCUACAGAGGCUUAAAACAAUUUGAUAUUAACUUGGGAGAUAGUGCAGCUAUAUGAAUUUGUAUACUAAUGAAUUGAGAAGUAUGAGCAAGAACAUUUUGCGUGGCUCAUAAACAUGCUGAUAAACUUUUGAGCUAAUGGUAAAAUACCAAUUUGGAACUGGAACCAGUAUUAUUUCCCUAUAGCACGCAGUCUGUGCAGACUGCUCUGUGUUGUCUGUUGGAAGCAGGGCAUGGUGCAAUGUGAGAACUGCAUUCCUACAAUCUGCUCCCAGAGUAAACAAAGGAGUAGGGCCUAAACCCACCAGGACAUGUAUGAAUCUGCCUCAGAAGUGAUUAUGAUGUCCAGAAGUUUGCUGUGAUUCUAGUGUGGGAGUAAUAAUGACUUUAGGGAAGGGCCAUAGUUUAGUCAUUGAAUAGAUGCUCUGCGCGCAAAGUGUCCCAGGUCCAAUCGCUGGGAUCUCCAGAUGUAACUGGGUCUGAAAUCCUGGAGAACUGCUGCCCGUCUUCUCAGACAAUACUGAGCUAAAUAGACCGAUAGCCUGGCAUAGUAUAAGACAGCUUUCUACGUCUGUAGCUUAUGGAUAACAUAGCAUCCUAAUGUAACAAUAGAUUAGGGGCUGUAUGCCAGUAACAUAGCUGGAGCCAGUGACAGGCAUGGCAGCCCCCCCCCCCCCCAGAGAAACACACUCCUUUUUGCAGCAGAGAAGGGCAGACUACUUAUUACCCUUACAAGGAAAAAGAAGGGGAGCACAAUUGUCCUGAACUCUUGGCCUACCUGGUGGCAAGUAAGUAUGCCAAAUCCCCAUUCCAGGGUAAAUCCACAUGUCCAAAGUCCAGGACAAAGCAGUUUCAGAGAUCCUGGAGCACCCAAGCCAAGGUUCAUCAACAUGGGCCGUUGAGCAGACACAGUACCUCAGCUGCCCUUUUAUACUUUGUCUGCUGAUUUCAGCAUCUGGUCUUGAUGAGGCAUGUGACCCUCACCUGCUCCAAGCCUACUCCAGCUCUGGUGAUGGGUUCUGUUCCUCUGGUUCCUAUGCACUGAGCUCCAUCCCCUUGUCAUCCUCUGUCACCCUAUGAGUACUUCAUACACCAACCUCUCCUUCCCCAUCCCCAGCUUGCCCCGGUAUGUCCCAGCCCCAGCUACACUCCUCACUGGGAUCCUCUUCCUCCUGUUCCUCUUCCCCAUUGCCUACCAGUUCAUGAGAACAGUUUACAUGGAGAGGAAUGUGCACAGGGGUGAGUUUCCCCAUAGCCUCCCUCCCUUGCAGUGGGGCCCCCUCUGCUCCGAAGCCGCUAAUUUUGGUGGCUAGUCACAUGUAGGCCAGAGAAGAAGCAGCUAUGGGAUCAUAAAAUGGUGCAAAUAUGGAAGACUUUACUAAAAAGGAAAAUUGAAAUAUAGGUAUAAGCAGCCAAACAAGUGUCAGGAAUCCCCCUUUCCUGGAAAAAAAGAAAGCCAAAUGCCCUAACAUUAUUAAGUAUGUAGUGGAGAGCCCAAGCUACAGAGAAAAUGAAAUGUUCUGCCACUUCUGGAUCUUGCCGCUUCUGUGAUCAGAUUUGCAUAGUAGAGACUGGCCUAGAGAAUUCAGACACAUAUUGCUGUAAGCAGUUGAAAGAUAAGAAACUGAAUGAGCUCCAGUUUGUGCAUUGCCUGUUGUUGGUGUUGUAAAUUAGUGCUAGAAAAUAAAUCAGAAUUCAUUGAUAAUUGUACUGGUUUUUUCCUGAUAAUUGUACUGGUUUUAUGGAAUACGGCGUAGAAAAGAGUAAAUGCAUAUAUAAAACAACUUGUAGGAGUUGUUGCUGUUUAGUCAUUUAGUCGUGUCCGACUCUUCGUGACCCCAUGGACCAGAGCACGCCAGGCACUUCUGUCUUCCACUGCCUCCCGCAGUUUGGUCAAACUCAUGCUGGUAGCUUCGAGAACACUAUCCAACCAUCUCGUCCUCUGUCGUCCCCUUCUCCUUGUGCCCUCCAUCUUUCCCAACAUCAGGGUCUUUUCCAGGGAGUCUUCUCUUCUCAUGAGGUGGCCAAAGUAUUGGAGCCUCAGCUUCACAAUCUGUCCUUCCAGUGAGCACUCAGGGCUGAUUUCCUUAAGAAUGGAGAGGUUUGAUCUUCUUGCAAUCCAUGGGAGAGUGACAUGUAAUGUCAUUUGCAUGGAAACAGCAGCUACCAAUUUCAAGUGAAACAAUGAAUGAGAAGAAGUUACCAAAUUAGCAGCAGCCAAGGGUGAGACCAGUUCAGAUUCCAGCAGGAAAAGCAGGGUUCAAAACCAGAAGGCAGGCAGGAGCUUGGAGAUGACUCCUGGUUGUGAUCAAAGAAAGCAUUGUAAGAGGUGGGUGAAUGGAAAAAAUAACAAAAGGAAAGCAAACAGGCAGUUCCUGCCCAUCUCCAUUACCCCAAAGGAAACAAUCCCCAUCAUGGUCCCAGACUCAAAGGGCCAAGUUUGGGAGCUCCAUUACCUGAGAGCCAGUGUGGUGUAGUGGUUAAGAGCGGUAGUCUCGUAAUCUGGGGAACCGGGUUUGCGUCUCCGCUCCUCCACAUGCAGCUGCUGGGUGACCUUGGGCCAGUCAUACUUCUUUGAAGUCUCUCAGCCCCACUCACCUCACAGAGUGUUUGUUGUGGGGGAGGAAGGGAAAGGAGAAUGUUAGCCGCUUUGAGACUCCUUAAAGGGAGUGAAAGGCGGGAUAUCAAAUCCAAACUUUUCUUCUUCUGUCAGUACCAUUGCUUAUUGGUGGUGGUGGUGAUUGUUUUAAUGUCCCCUUGUGCCCAGUGUAACCACUGCUGUGCACGUGAGGUUGGGUGGGCAAGCAGGAACUGUUAGGUGGCUCUGUUACCUCUUGGAAGGAAAGAAAACAGAAGGAGUCAUUGGUCCAGCGGAGGGAUUCCUCUCAUCCUGCAAAAAUAUAUUAAAUUAAUAAAUUGAUAUUUACAUAAACAUUGGUUUAACUUGGUGAAUAAAAACUCAUUUUCUGGGAAACUCCUUUCUGAACCAAUUCCAUUGAAUGUAAGGUAACCUCUCCUCCAGCAGAAAAGAUUCAGACACAGUGGAGAGAAGUGUCCCUAGUUACUUCAGCUAACAUGCUGUCUACUCGCCGUAAUUUGUGUUUCAGAAGGGUUUACAUCCUGAACAUGGAACUAGACUGCUGACUUGUAUAGAGACACUUGUCCUAGGCAGACAUUUUAUCAGUGGCUACUAGUCAUAAUAGCUAUAUUGCCCCCAGUAUAAAAAAAUGCAUGGCUCUGUAUACUACAGUCAUACCUCGGGUUGAAGUAGCUUUCGGUUGAGCAUUUUCGGGUUGCGCUCCGUGGUAACCCAGAAGUAACGGAAUGCGUUACUUCUGGGUUUCGCCGCAUGCGCAGACGCUCAAAAUGACAUCAUGCGUGGAAGCAGUGAAUCGCGACCCGCACAGAUGCGGGUUGCGUUCGCUUCAGGAUGCGAACGGGGCUCCGGAAUGGAUCCCGUUCGCAUCCAGAGGUACCACUGUAGCUGCUGCAGCUCAUGUGCUGUUUGUGGCCUUCCUAUGAGAAUCUAUUUGGCCACUGUGAGAACAGAAUGUGUAAUUGCACUUGCUGUUUGCCUUACCCCAGCUAGGGUGUCAAACAAACUUCUUUGAGACAUCCCCACUUCUUCAGCUAUGGGGUGGGAACUAGACUGAUAGCAAUGAACUGGCCCAGUCAAAACAGUGCUCCAAAGGUAUGCAUUUUACUUAGUUUUGAGAUUCUAUAUUCCACCAUUCAAAUAUUUUCCCCAAGGCGGCUGUACAGUAAUGAUGACAACAAAAGUAAUAAACUGGUUGGAACUGGGGCCACAAAACCAAUACUGUGACAAAAGCACAUAGUGAUAAGGACAGACAGUAUCACAACAAAAAAGCAUGUAAUCUGCCAAGGCAGAUCAAAAAUAUGAGCUCUUCAAGUGGAAGGAAGGAAAGACAACCUCAGCUCCCUUGUAGCGGAGUAUGUCCGGGGACUCAAUGACAUAUAAGCAAGACUGGCUGAGCCAAGAGACUCUGAUGCCCAUGGAAUGGCAACUGUCAUGGACUGGCAGGAUGCAGAGGCGUGGGGGGGCACCAGCUGGGGAACCCCCAGGGGAAGAAGGCUCAGAGCCAGGUGAUUGGUGGUGGGACAAUGAAUGGUCAGGGAGAAGAGGGAGCCUAACAGACUACACUAUGGCAAAGUUUGGCCUUGUCAUCAGUAUUAGUCACCAUUGCAUCAGCAAGACUUGUAGCUGAACUUGAGCCACUUUCCAUCACAAGGAACUUUUGAACUUUUUCACGGACAGAAAGAUUUAGCUGACCUUAAAAGCAUCUGUCUGAACGUGCAUGAUACCUUCUCGUCAUGCAUAGGACUCAAAAGGUGUACAAAGCAAGAACUAAGCCUUUUUGCAAAACAUAGAAUCUGUGUUCACAUAAUUUCACUCUACUUCUAUGGACCAAAAGGCAUCAGUGACCAUCAUGGCCUGGUGGCUCACACCCCUUUAUUUCAUUAGUUUACACCUCCCUAAAAUUGGUCCUUUCUGAAGGCAUAGUUGCCCAUCUUAUCUGGUCAGCGGUGGCUUGCACUUCCAUUUUUACCAAUGUUCCUUUACAGAUGGUAUGCAGGACAGCAACUGGGACCCACCAAAUCUCUUUCACUAAACACUAUAGCAUGAAUUUACUGUAUAUGCAUCCUUGGAGGCAGCCUUUGCCAGGCACAUUCUCCAACAACUGCUUCAGAGCAAUUAGUCACCUAUCUUCCACCCAGGAAUUAACAAGGUUGGCUUUUGAGCAUCCCUCUUGGUGAUGUCCUUGUGCCCACUUGAGAAGGUUCUGAAAGGUGUUUCUGAAGGGACACUAGGACACUACCCAAGUCCAUCCUAUGCAGGCUAUUAUUUCUUUCCCAGUUAGUUGCUAUAGAUUCAACUGCAGAUAUCAGGAGUCUGUCAUGUCACUAUACUGUUUCCCCUCACUUGGUUGUUUCCUUUUCCUUAUGCUCUCAGAAUGUAUGGAAGCCCGUAUUCCUUUCUGUGCUCCAUCAGAAGGCAAAUUGCCAAUGAAAGGGAGGGGGGAAUUGGAAAUCCUCUUGGCGUAAUGACGGUUUUUUACAGCCUUCAAGCGAUUGGUGGAUGACAACCCACUUGGUGGUAUCCCAGUUUCUUUUCCACCAUGGCUUCAUUCUUUAAUUAUCUGUUGCCUCCUUCAGUGGGUGGGAUGUUUUAGUCCUGCCUUUUUUAUAAAGAUGAAUAUGUUUUUAGCUUUUAUUCAGUUUUAGUUCUAUGUUGGUUUUAAUGUACAUGCUAUUUUUUGUAAGUCAUUUUGAGUUACUUUUUGUUAAAAAAGCAACAAAUUCAGUUAAUAAUAACAACAUACUACAAUACACUUAAUUCAAUAAAUAAUAAUAACACUCCACUCUACAGGAAGCCUGGUAAGGCAGGUGCAAUUGAUAUAGCCUACAAUUACUCCCUUCCCCACAACCCUCAAACCGAUACUGGUACUGCACUUCAUAUGAAUGCAACUGGUAUAGAUCAAUUCCUUUUGCCUUGUCCUCUCAAGUCUUGCUUAUACAGGUCAACUUACCCCUGCCAGUUUGAUCCUCACCUGCUGUAUUGGUUACCACUGCCUCCACCCAAAGGAACAAACCCUUAUAAGAAUAUAAGACAACAGACUUUGGAUACUGUGUGGCUGUUAUUAUGUAGAAAAGGGAAAAAAACAGAAUUUGCCCUGGCAAGAUUUAACAAAAAUGUAUUGUGUCUGUAAGCAUGCAUAGAAUCAGGUUGUUAAAUUGAAUUUUUCCAUUUAUUAUUUAGAUACAUAGUGACUGAAAACAUAUUUAAUUUGAAAAUAGGUAAACACUUUAUAUGACAUAGGAGGUUUUAUAUAACAUAAUGAAUAAGUACAUUCUAUAACAUAAUGAAUAAGUACAUAAUUUUGUGACGUAAAAAUACAUUGCUUAUUAUACAUCUUAAUUCUCACAAACUUGUUAAGCUGCAUUAGAAUUACACUAAUAUUCUUAGUGUUUUAUACAUAUAUCACAAGAAUUGUAUUUUUAUUAAACUAAGGUUUCAAUAUAUAAUUUUUCUGCACUAAUCAGAUCCAACAAAAAUAUACAGUAAGCAACAGUUGAUAGUAGUUGCUGGGCAAACCAGUGUUCUCAAUGAACUGAAGUGUUCAUGUUCUUCUAUUGAUAGGGCAAUAAAUAUUUAUAGUUUGAGUGGGGUUAAAUGGGCUUAAUUCUUUUCUGGGUUAUGAUCACUGUUAAUAACAACCAUAACUGAUAACCACUUAGUGAUGUGGGCUGCAAAAGGUGGUGAAUUGUCUAACAUUGCCUCCCUAUCCAUUCUACCGAUAGAAACCCCUGCUCAAUCAAAGAGUCUUCCAGCAGGAGAAGAGCACCACUGGAUGUAACCCACUUAAUAUGUGUACUCUAAGAGGGGGCCACUCCACCAGGCUACAGCAAAGGGGGGAAUGGAGGCAGGGCACUCCAUCAACUCUGUUGAGAAAUCAGUUUGUGCUUUCCCUCUCCAUCAACUAUCCUUCAGCACCAGCUACUCUAUCAGGCUGCAGUAGAGGAAACAGCAAUUUUUGGCUCCUCUCAAACUAUUUUCAUUUAAGUUAACUGAAAGAACUUGGUGGCUAAAAACUGCUGACUUGAGUUUGCUUCCCCACCCCAAUCACUCCAGUUUCCUUUAGAGUAUAAGCCUAAGUGUCUUGUUUGUUAUUGAUCUUAUGUUAUCAGCUCUGGAAACACUCAUGGACAACUAGAAGGGUGAAAAUGCUUUAAAUAAAUAAAUAAAUUUGCCAUAGUUAUUCAUGUAUGUGAGUUGAAUAUAGAAAUUAUAUUUCCAUAGUAAUCCGGAAUCCUUUUUUAAAUAUGAAAAUUAGUUUAGGAUCUGGAAAGAACAUUAAGUUAGCGUUUUAAGUGUAACACACAUUUCUGGGUGAAAUUCAUUUAAAAUCUUUAUCUUGGGAUCUUGGGCUCAAACUAAAUGAGAAGCUGUUUGCUCUCUGUACACAACCAAGAUUAGCAGACAUAGUAUUGCCUUAAAUCCCUAGGCUUAAACAUCUGGCAGGUAGAGGGAGGCCAUUUUCAGCAAAAGUCCUUUUAUGUUGGAAUAUGCUUUUUUGUUGGUCCGACAGAACCCGAGCUGAUUUAUCUUGAGGGGAUGGUAUAAAGCCCAUCUGUUCGCUUUAAAUAUUUCCCUUGAGAAAAUAAUGAGAGCUUAUAUUUAUGCCUAUAGUGUAGAAUUAUGAGGUUGUCUUGGCUUUAGUUGACAGUUGUCAAAUUAUGUUUGUUUUUCGUUUUAAACAAAUGCCUUUUCGGGGUGUGUGUGUGUGUGUGUGUGUGUGUGUGUGUGAAUGGGUCAGAAUGUCAAGGGGGAACUGGGGACGGGGACUUAGAGUGAUCAACCUAAUUUCUACAGCCAUAAACUGUUAAAACAGGAGUCCUUGAUAUACUUAAUAGUUUCUUAUUUAAUUUAAUUACCCUAAUAAGAAUAUGGUAAUUGUGGUGUUGGAAUGUUAAUAGGCUUAUUUUCUAUGCAUGACUGCUGAUACUGCUGCAUUUAUCUGCCUAUUACAGGUAGUUACAUAAGUUUGGGGGAGUUUAUUCUAAAGCUAGUAGCACUGAAUAAAAAAUAAUGAAAUUAGUAGCUCAGUCUUUCUCAUUCUCAUUUCAAUUUCUGUUGUAGGCAGGAUUUUCUUUAAAGUGCCCUUUGAUUUUUUUUGUUGUUGUUAUAGAAUGUAUAUAUGUACAAUGUUUGUGAUGUAUAUAACUUCCUUUAUUGUUAUAAUUGAAUUUGCUGUGCUCCUCUGUGUGUUUUUAAGGAAAUAGAGAAAUUGCAAGUAGAGCUCAAUGAAUAUAAACUGCGUUUGGAGCAAGCACUGCAGGAUACAGCAAGAGCUAAGGAAGAAUGUCUGAAACAAACAGAAUUGCUGGGUAAAGCUGAGCACCAACUGCACCUCACCAGGUACCCCUUAUCGUAUAUGGCCUUAGCACCAAUUUCAAUUUUAUACUGCAAAUUUUUCCCAGCAGCUUAUCCACAGUUGUUAGAGAUUGAUCCAGUGCACAGCUUUCAGGCAUAUUAGCAGUGAAGAUGUACUGAGCAAAACAUUCAGACAAGAUGAAGCGUGGCAGGGAUUUAGUGAUAACAAAUCUAUUCAUCCAGAGUAUUCUUUCUGUUCAUCUAAAGUAUUCUUCAAACAAUCACGGUGUUAAAUGUCAUCUUAAAACAAUUUGUAGUCAGUAAAAGUUAUAUACACCCAAUUGUUCUUUCAAGAUUCUUUGAUGCAGUUGCUUUGAGGAACAAUUGAGAUUAUAUAGCACAUUGCUCUCCAGUUCCUUAUUGAUAUGUAAAAGCUGAAAAUAGCUAUCACUUUCCUAGUUACUGAUUAUAGUUAGAUGCGUGCAUGGCCUUCAGAGAAAAUUGAUGAUCAUGCAUAAAACAGUCAAUUCUAUGCCAAAAAUGUUUGUGUGGUAGACAAGCAACUAACUACACACACAAAAACUUUCUGAAGUUUGUGCAUUUUUCUCUUAACAGUAGCCCCAUUACUCUUAACACCUGCCUGCUCUCACUGAGCUUGAUUAAUUUAACACUUCAAACUCAUUACUGUUUCAUUUUUUUAUCUAUAGCAUGAACUGCUUUCUGGAAUGAAAGUCAAGAUUUAAAAGUAUGCCAGAAAGCAUUUAGAUUUGGAGUAUUAGUUGGGUCGAGUACAUGUAUUGUGUGUGCAUACAGACUCGCACAAUGGAUAUGAAUAUGGGAGAUUAUAGUAUGCUUCUUAAAUGAUCACACCAUCUUUUUUUAAAGAAAUGAUGUAAAUAUAGAUCAUGGGCUAGUAGCAGAUGGGAAGAAAAACACCCUUCUUACAGCCUGUAUUUAGAGAACAAAUAUGCUAGAGGUUAAUGAACUUGAAAAAAGUUUUGGGUAAGUUGUUAAGACAGCAAAAGUUUUGAUUUUGCAGGACUUCUUUUAUAAUGAUUUGUUGUGAUAGUUAACCAAAUGGUUUACCAAUUUCCAUCCGAAGGCUAAUCAUACAAGUUAUGAAGCUGUGUGGUGUCUUGGAGAAAAUCCAAAUUGUAGAUAGCUUUUCUGAAAAACUUCCACAUUCUUAAUAAGGUAUACUAAGAGCUUAAUUAAGUCAAGCAUCCAAAUAAGUGAUUCACAUUAAUGAUGAGACAAUACUACUUCAGGGUUACAUAAGCAUGUAGUCUGCAGAAAAUUGUUUCAGAUGUUUGAUUGCAGAAGAUGGAUGAGUUUAACAGUGAUAUUCGGCUUUGCUUUCUUAUGGCUUAAGAAUUGUUAUUGUUGCUAUCUUACAGCUUUCCAAAGUAUAACUUGUCAUGACAACAUUUCUCCAAGUGAUAUUUUCCUCAUAUUCCCUUAUCGUUCUCAUGUUGGUCUAACAACUAGACUUCCUUAUUUGUGAUAAUGUGAAAUGGGUAGGGAACUGCAAAAUCCUGGUCUGAUGAAUCACUCAUGACCACCAGUCUUUUGUCAUUGUUUGCUUUCCUGCGCUGUGUUUUCUUAUCAAUUACUUUUGUUAUGGUUUAGCAUCAUAUGCCAGUGUUAUAGUUUUAAAUUGUGGUCUUAUCCACCUUGAGUCAUAAAACGAAGUACAGAUUGCAUUUGUCUCCGUUUGUGGAGCAUUGCUGUUUUGAAAGACGUACGUCAUUUUUGUGGGUGGCUUUUCGUGUCUGCAGGUGUAGUUGUAUGUUUGGCCCUUCUAACACAGCUGAAGUUUUAUUAAAGUUGCACCCAUAAAGAAAGUGAGGCUGCUUCUUUCCUCAGGUAGACAAUUCAAUGGUUAAUUUUAAAAACAAAAGGAAGUUUAGGAACAUCAAAAGCAACCUUAUACCAAGUCAAAACACUGAUCCAUCUAAUUUAAAGGUUCAGUUUAUUCCCACAUAGUAUAGUAUUUCUGACUGUAAAUAACUAAAUAAUUGCAGUUAGAUGUCUUGUUAACAUGCAGAUAUUGAAAAAUAAAACAGUGUAGGGGGGGAAAGCACAAGCAUGCAUGGCAUCUGAACUCAGUUAUAGUAUAGUGACUUGAAAGACUCACACAUCCUGUCUUCGUGGUCCAUCUGUCUCCAUUCUCUUAACCUUUUAUCCACCAACAUAACUAGAAACUUGCUUUAAAAAAUAAGUGGAUAUCUUCGUGUUCAGAAACAGCUCAACUUCACACUAGGAAAUGAGAUACUGUAUGAUUGUGAUUUCUAGCCUUUUGUAGAUACAAGCAUGAUAUAAAUUUCCGAUAGAAAGAGGAAUGAGUGUUGUAACUAAGUGCAAAUAUGUAUUGCUAUUCCUAAUUAUGAUAAUUUAUUUUAAAAAAUCUGCUGCACUAAAUUCUGUAACACCCCCCCAAUAUAUUGCAGGGGCAUAUUCUCCCAUAUGAAAUUCAGGUUUAAAACUGUCACCCGUCAACUUUUUAUUCUCCAAAAAUGACUUCUCAAAAAUAGUGCUUCCCUCCACCCCCAAAAAUAGUUUAGCUACCUGUAAAAAAAAUAUCGUUCGUAUUUGGUCUUUGUUCUGCUUUUUUCCACUAAAUUUGCAGAAGCAUGUUUUUUAUCUAUUUAUAUUUCAUUUAUGUUUGUGCUAGUUUUGAUGGCAAAAAUUAGGCUCGUGUUUCAGUGGCAGUAAAUACGGAUUAUAAUUUUAUUAUGUUUUAGAGAUGGUUGAGAUGGUUAACAAAAUAAUAAAUACUUAAAACUUCAAUGCACUUUGUUUUUCUAUAGAGUUUUAGUUUGCUGUGUUCCAAAAGUAGACUACUGUGUGUGAUUCCUAUGUUUCAGUCAUGGGUCACUCUUAUUUAUUCUGUCACAUUGGAAUGACAGUCACUUGUCUGAAAUGAUGCAGUAAAAACAUACAUGGGAGUGUCAUCCAAUUACACUGCUUCUAGGUGUGUAUUUACAAUUGCUGUCAGGCAUGCAAGUGGCCUUCAAAUGUUACAAAAAUAUUAGGCUAAUCAAUGGUGGAAACAUAAAUGCCUAUAAUAUGUGUCGUGUCUUGCUGACCCAGACUGUGAUGAGACUUCUGUGGGCGGGAAUUCCAUAUUACGGUUUCAGUGCCUACUAAAGAUGUUUUUAUUCAGACAGACCUCCCCAGAGGGGUAAUUACAGCCAUGCUGACUGUCAGUUUUAUGAAAUGGCAGAAUAUUAUUUUAUAUUGUUUCUAUAUGUUCUUACUAUUGUUUUUACUAUUGUUUUUAUAGAACUCUUGUUGAACAUCGCUUUGAAUUCCCCCCCAAUAUGAAAUGAUUCAUAAUUUUAUUAAAUAAAUAAAAUAGAUCACACACACCCCGAAACCGGCUUUGUACAUGCCCUUGCAGUCUUUGUUAGUUGUGCAGAUGGUAAACUUGAAAGUGUGCUCUUGAUCAAGCCUGAAGGAGGCAGUGAGACAUGGAGUGGAGGUGGACAGAGCUUGCUUGACAGAACACAACAUUAAGGGCUGCAUAGGUUACUUUACUGCUGCCUUGAUUUGGGCUCAGAAGGCAUUCUGUAGACCUGUAUCUUUAAAAAUUCUCGAUCAUUUGAUUCAUGCUUGCAUCUUUUAUUCCUCAAUCCAGUUAAUAUUUCUGUUGUGUAAACAGUUCUAAAUAUAAUUGGUUGAGAGAAAUCCAUCAAUACCAUCCAACUGUUCUGAUGAAUUGGAAAAGUAAGAUGGGUGAUUGGCUGAACUGAUGCCAGUUUGAAAAAAUAGUGUUCGUUGGCUAUUUAUUUUUAUUAAGAGUGAGUAAAAUUCACCACUGUUCUACAGAUCAUUUGGAUUAUUACUUGCUCUGAUACUCCAGACAGCUCCCCCCCCCUUCAACUAACACUGAAGUGUAGGUGAAGUGCCUAGCUCAAUGCUUUGGUCUUGCUUGCAGUCAUCCAUACUCUGGUUGCUUCUUACAUAGAUUACCAUAACACCAUCAGUUUAGAGCUGCUCUUGUAAAUGGUUUGGAAACCCCUGUUUUCUCCAUGUCCUAGCAGGAUAGGUUGCAGGAAGCAGUUAAAAGAAUUCUUUUUUAACUGCACUGGGACCGAUUCCAAGGUGUUGGUUAUUAUUUACAGAAUCAUAAAUGUCCAAGUCCGUGUCUUUGCUCUCUUAUUUUUUGGAAAGUGAAAUCCUAUAGUAUUUGGUUAAGGCUUUCUCAGUUGUAGUGCCACAAUUAAUGGAAUGCUUUGACAGGGGAAGCCUGCCUAGAAAGGCAAUUAAUUUUCAAAAAUAACAAUGUAUAUUAAUUAGAACAACUUUUUCUUCUUUUUCCAUGUACACAAGGAACUUCAGAACAUAAUGUCUAAUGUUUCCUGUAGUCAGUUUAUGGUCUAUUCAUAUGUCUUCCUAGUUUGUGCCUAGGACAGAGGUUCAAAUUCAUACUGUUAGUCUUAAAGGGCUUGAAAACCUAUCUAUUGAUUUUCAGACCAUUUUGCAGCUUUUGACAUUUACUGAAAUGGUGGGUACAAGGUACUGGGAACUCCUAAUGAGAGUUUUACAAGCAUAUGUUGAUAGUUUUAUACAACUCAGAUUCGUUUCUGCAGAGCUUGUGCCUAAGAAGCUCCAUGAGGAUUGUGCCCAGUUUGAACAGUUGAAGUGUCAAAUUAUUCCAUAUUAUUUUGCCGGUAAUAGUUCAUAGGGUUUACAUUUCAGCAGAAGAGCUCAACGUUAUUCCAUGACUGAAAAGCAGAAAAAUCAUUUGAAAAUUACAUUUUUUCAAGACAAUGGUUUUGAAGGACAUACAAAAGCGAUUAGCAACACCGCAUCCAUUUUAGCUUCAAAUACCUACUGUUUAUCAGUGCUUCUAGUAGCCUCUAGCACACUUUCAACAGCUUCAUUGGCAUUAAUUGAAGUCCAUGUAUAAUAAAUAAGGCACAUAAAUUAAACCUGUCAUUCUGUUGCCCAGGUUCUUGCAACAUAACUAAGUUUCUUAGGUUAUGCUUUUUUGGUUAUAAUGUUGGCAGCAUGCUUUGCUAGAAGAUUGAAUGUAUGUGUGUUCCUAAUAUGUACACACUACUGGUUUUCAAAAGAAAUUUCUCACUGCCACUCAUAAAUAUUCCAGGUACUUAAUAACUACUGCUGUACUUCUAAAUAUUGUCUGCUACAGAGAAGCAGAAUUUUAUGGGGUUCUAAAAAAAUAUACUGGCAUAUGAGAUGUUCACUCAUAUUUAUAUAAUUAAUGUGAAAAAUUGUAACAGUCUAGAUUGCAUUACUGACAAAAUAUCAAAUGAAUACUCACCAUUAAAACUAGAAUCCAUAAUAGCACAUAUCAAUGGGAAAAUAUACUUGGCACAAGAAUGAUUCUUAAUUUUUUAAAAUAUGUAAUUUCAAAAAGAUUACCUGGAAACUUAUAAUUGAAAAGAAGUAUAAAAUCCUGAAAUAAGAUAACAUGCUUAAUAAACUCCUUAGUGUCUGUUUUAUAUGUUUAGUUUUCAUUAAAUUUAGGAUUGCUUGUAGUUCAGUCAACAUUUAUUCCUAUCUGUUUUUCAUAUACAAAGGCAUUGGGAUGCCAGGAAAUAAACUGUUAACGGAGAAUUAACUUCUUUGGCAUGCUUUCACACUUAUCUUCCAAAUUAAAGAAAAUGAAAUGGGCAGAAGCAGAGUGUAGAUUACCUCCUUUUUGUCAAAAAAUGGUGGGAAUUUGAAAAUUAAUAAUAAAAAAGGGAACAGAUGCAGUAACAUGCCAGAGGGAGAUUAAUGUGGAGAGUAAAAUCUGUGAGCAACAAAACUGAAGCAAACUGAAUCAGUGGGAGGUGGUUGUACAAUCAAAAUCAGGAUAAAAGAGAAAUUACAAACAACCCUGCACUUGUCAAAGUAGUAGUAAUGAAAUCCUGACUCUGCCAGCAGUGAGAACCUGUGUUAGCACUUUGGGGUAAGGAUGGUAGCCGGGUGCCAGGUAGGAGGGCAGUGUUAGGUUGCUGGGCAGCAGCCAUCUUGUGUAGAACAGAUGGCACUGAAAGCUGGCAGGGGAGGGGCUCCUUAGCAGAACUAAUCAGACAGUAACAGAUAGGGCAGCUGGGAAGACUGACCACAGAGAGGGAAACUGCAGGAUAGCUGCAGAGUUCCAUGAUGUUUACAGUGGUGUGCCCAUUGGUCUGAUAGAAGACCUUGCAAUGCCUUUUUACUGCAGAAGGCACAGAAAAACUUUUGUUAACUGGGCAGUUUAUCGGAAAAUUUUGCAACAUAGGGAAUGCAUAAAGCCGGUGAUGAAUUGACGUUACGAAUUCAUGAAAGUGUUUGAGAUAUAUAUAUAUAUAUAUAUAUAUGCGCAUACUUACAUUCCUUUGGAGUUAGAAGCAUAUUUCAAGGCUUAUAUCCCAGGAUCAGUACGUUUUGCUCAUUUUCAUUUCAAAGUGUGUUCAUUUGAAAUAAAGUGAAAGGAAUUUGUGUUAAUUCAGAUUACAUCCUGGUGUCAUCGAUACAUGCGGGACGCAUUAGGAUUAGGAGCUAUACUGAAAUCAAUACAGUUUGUAAUAUUUUUCUCAGUGCCAUUUAAUAAGGGGGCACCAGAUUUUGCCUUCUGUGCAUAAUAAUCACUGUGUCUCAGGAUGUUAACUUUUAAUCACGACAUACAUCGUUAUGUUGCCCAGCCACCAUUCAGUAGUAGUCAGGGCUGCUGGCUGACUUGUGGAAAAGAAAUGUUGAAAUAGUGAGGCCAAAAAAGGGGAGGGGGAGAAUUGUGUAUUAAAAUUAAUUUAAAUGCUACUGAAUAUAUUGACCUGAUACAAAGGAUCCUUAACAUAACUAAGUGAUAAAUGAUAAAAACACUUUGAACAAAAUUCAAUAGAUGUGCAUUAUAUAUCUCUUUGUUGAACAAAGAAAUUUGCGGCUCCUACUUCUGUUUUUCAACUUCUGUAUUUUUCUCUUUGCAGAAGGUUUAUGGCUUGGCUCAAUUAUUCAUUUUGAGAGGGGAGGGGAAGAAACAUUACAGGGAUUUGAAAUAGGUGGUAUAACAGAGCCAUAUGCUAUUUGUGCAUCAGUUUCUGCAAUAUAUCUAAUUUGGGGCUGUCGGGAAAAAUUAGACUUAUUUGAUAUAGCAGCCUAUUAGUAAAUGACUCCGGUAGAUUUGAAAGUUGCCAUUUGUUCUCCUUAACUGAAUCUUGCAAGCAUUGUUUCCCAGAGCUAUUCUGUGAAAAUAUCUUGGUUCUUUGUCCUGCAGCUGUACAAACCACAAAUAUUUCCACAACUGAAAAGAAGGUCUUGCUUCAGGUAAUUUUAUAAAAAUGGGUUGGAACAAUUAAUAAUCCUCUGUUGUUUUCAAACUGCGCAAAUCUGGUUGGGAAACUUACCCAUUCCCUUGACUGCCUAAAAUAGUGUAACGUGUUAAUUUAGUUAUAGAGAUGUAAAUAAAUUAGCUGCUCUGCAUUAUUAUGGAAGGAGAUAUUUACCUGCCAUCAUUUAGCCCAUACGUUGCUUUAUGAUGACAGAUAUCAAAUGAUUUGGAAUAAAUCGGCUCUCUUGUUUUCUGGCAGUGCCUGUAGUAAUCAUUACUACGUUGUACUUUAUAAACUGUCAGUUAGCUGCUACCUUGUUAUCUUCUGUUUUAUAAUUAUUGUUCUUUAAAAAAAAUGUAAUAUUUGAAAUCACAGUGCUUCCAAAGCCAUUAAUGAAGUAUUAAUUGGAGAAAGAAAUAUCCUUUAAAUUCUAACAGCUAGCCAUAUUGUGACCAUGUUGCUAUAUCUUUAGUUUUUUUAUUACUUGAAGGGGGAUAGGAGAUUUUAUAGCCUGAUUCAUUUCCCCCCUAAAAUGAGAAGGAUUUAUAAAUGCAUCUGAUGAUAUAGAGCAGUUCAUUUGCAAAAUUUAUGCUGAUACUAGUCUGGUAAGGGAAAACUAAUGCACAUGCCCAUCGGUUGUUGAAAGAUGCCUGUUAUCUAUAUUUAUUACAGUAAAUAUUUGUGAGUGACAUCCUAUUAUUAUCCCCCCCCCAAUUUGUUCAUAUGGGAGAAAGUUACUCAACAUUUUUAAAUUAUAAAAUGCUUUUAAGAGCAUGUCUAUCAGAUUUCAAAGUUUUGACAUUAUAAAAAUAUAUUAUUUAGUCGUCGGGGCUUCCAGCAUGUAUUUUAUGUGGCAGAUAUGUUUACAAAAUAUGGUGAAAACGUAAAUGCAACCUUGUGGUGCAAAUUUAAAAUACUAUAUAUCUAUUGUGCUGCAUAAGAGCAACUGGUGCCACUAUAAUUAAAAGACACAUUUACGUUCUUUCUGUGCGAGGGUCAUUAAUUUCUUUCCUGGGGAACUGUAAACUACUAGCCUGAAAGAGAUUGAUUCUUCAAGACUUUAAAUGAAUGUUAUUUAUUUGAAAGCUGAAUCAUUGACAUUGUUAUAAUCAUGUUUUCUACAUAAAUAAAUAAACCCUUUAUAGACUCCUAUAUGCAAAAGGAAUUUGUAAAAGAAAAUGCUUUAUUACUUUACCCUGGAUCCAGCCCUAACAUGGCAUAGAAAUAAAGAUGAGGAGCAGAAAAACCUCAAAUGAGCAGUUACUUAUAUCUUUCCCAUCUGGUAACUCUCUUCCGUCCCUGGUCUAUUUGAUUAUGACAGGGAGCAAACUUCUUCCCUGCUCAAUAGAUGCAAUUUAUCCAUGGCAGCAUGACUGCCACAUCAACUGUCCCACUACUCUGAGUCCUGCCUGCCUCGUUCCUGCAGUCUGUGAGCAUUUUGCAGCAGUGCAGCUGGUAUAUGGCUUCUUGUCCUGACUAUGGCUAUUCCAUGUUGCCAGCAGAGCGUAACUUGUAAGAAGCUCUAAAAGCAAUUAGGUGCAUAGGUAAGAGGAUAGGAUGCUAUACAGCAGACCUUUCUGGAAGAGUUUGAACCUUCUUAUUCCCUUGGUCUUCUACUAGGGUAAUUGAAAACCCAAGGGGCAUAUUAUUGUAAAGACAAGAAGUAUGCACGAUACAUCAAAAAAUCAGAUCCCGAAUUGAAUGGCUAUUUUUUUAUAUUUGUGUAAAUAAUGUUUAAAGCUGUAUGAGGAUCCAUUUAUAGCAUAUUAAGUGAUUAUAUUAUAUUGUUGCUGUUCAGGGAAAGGCUGAGACUAGAUAUUUUGUUUAUAGUGUUGGAUAGCAUUUUUUAAACAGUUAACAAAGUGGAAUGGUGUUUCUGCUAACUUUCUGACACAUUUUUCUCCAUGGUAAAGAAAGCUACCUUGUAAUUUGGAUAUUGCUCAAGACAACAGUUUGUAAGGUGUUUAUUUUUCCAGAUAAAUAAAACAGUUUAAGAGGCUGGUUAAUAAUUCAAUAGUAUGUGGCUAUCGGAACCAAUUUAUGAAAAGCAGAUGCAUGUCUGAAUAGCUCUGCAUAAUAGAUCCUGGGAACAAUAUGAAAUGUCUCAAAGUAGCUGCACGGCUCUUUCUGUUAACUUGCGUAAAGUACUUGAAUAGCAAUCUGGAUACUCACACGGACCAAAUGAGUGACAUUUUUAAAAAGAAAAAUUAUCACUGCUGUUUUUUAAAAUGUGACCAGGUUAGUUACUAACCUAGCUAUAGCUGUUAUUUAGUUCUAAUGUAAUACUGUAACACAAAAUAUUAUACACUAAGAAUUUCUGUGUGAAUAAGGACAUCAGAGGAAUGUCCUUAUUCACACAGAAAUUCUUAGUGUUUCUUUUUUAAUCCUUAAUUAUGUAAUUUUGUUCAUAAUUUUCCAUAUCUUUUUUGCCUUAACUUAAACAAGCUGUAUUUUAUUUCUGCUUUUCUGCACUCUUUUUGUCAUGAUUUUCCCUUUUCUCUAUUGCAUAGUUGCUAAAUAGGUUAAGUGCACUGUGCAAGGUUUUACAGAAAGGGGGAAAUUAUUAUUAUUAUUAUUUUGCAGGAUUUUAAAAUGGCCAUUAAAUAUCCUCAUAUUUUACUUCUCUAUUGUCUUCUCCACACUGAAAAAGUAAUUUUCACAAAUGGAUAACUGUCCAGCUUUGUCUUUUGCUAGGGAUUAAAUCUAUGCCGACAGUUCUUUUGACAAUGACCUUGAGGGGCUUUGCAUCUUGAAGAAGAAAGCAGAAGCUUGCGGUAAACAAAGUUCACUUCUGACAGAUGGAUUGAAUGACAGAAAGGUUGUGAGUGCCAGAAUAGCCCUGGCAGAGGAGGAAAUGUUCAGUGGAAUCCAACAGGAGAGGAGGUGUGAACAGGUGCAGGGUUGCUGACGGAAGGGGAACCAGAUGGAAGGAGCCAGAGCCAGUUUAUUUAAAGGAAAAGGCAGAAAACACUGAAAGGCUGCACAAUCAGUGGCUAAAAGUGUGCAUGGAAGAAGGUAAAAAGCAGACAGCAAAACUGCACAGUGGGAUAUCAAGCACUUAGCGUAAUGACAGUAAUUGUGAGUUUAGUUGGAAAGUUGCUAUUAAAAUCCAUUCAUCCAUUGCUCUCAAUAACAUAAAGUGUUUAAAACACUUUUUAAAUUGACAAGGAUAUUGCUUUGUCUGUCAAUUUUUUGUAAUGUUAACACACAAAAGUUAUGAUUAGGAAAAUGUUGUAGUUCAGGCAAGCCAAAUCAAGAUGAUAGCAAGAUAAGACUUGAGUAUUAUCUGCAGUGUAAUCUCCAGAUUUUUUUAUCCCUUUUGUGAGAAAAUACUACAUUUUGAGAGAAAAGAGAAAAAACCACCCUACCUCUGAAAAUUUUAUCUUCUGUGAAAUAUUUGUAACUUACUGUGCAUUUUUGCAUCUGUUAAUUGUUGCUCAAGCCUUGUAGAAGGGUGCGUUAAUGUGUGAGAUAUUAUGGAACCUCUAAUUUUCUUAUGACAUUUGAGGUCAGCUUACACUUUUUUUAGUACUCUCCUGUUAGGAUGAACAUCUGAAGACCUGCUCUUUAAUUCUUAAGACAAAGUCCAAAACUCCAAUAUCUGGCUAAUUUGCUCAGUGUUGCAACUAUGUGCUGGAUUGUGAACUGGUGUUCAGCUGAGGUGGGUUGUGUAUCCACUUCUAUUUCAAUAACUAUUUGUAAAAAGUCAUAACUAACUUAUGUGUGUCUUCUUUAGGACUUUGAUUUUUCUGCAUCUAUUCUGCCAUAGAUUAGUAUAAAUGCUUAAUUUUUAAAAUAAAGAAUUAAAUACUUAGUAACAAAACAUUUUCAGUAUACAUAUAAUUCCUAGAAUAAAUGUAUUUUUUUCAAAAAAUUAUAAACAAUAAUUAUUAUUUUAAAAGAAUCAUCCAUAGGAACAUUAGCUUCUUUUAAAGCUUCAUAAUAUACUAGUGUUCUAAACUACCAUGAUUACAUAUGUAUUCAUCUGUACUUUUUAUAUGGCAAUGGUUACCGCUGCCCAAUGCAUAUCUGUUUUCUCCCACAAAAUUAUAUAAAUGAAGAACAUUGCGUUUUAAAUUAGUGCUACUCAUUGCUCUUCCUUUUGACAUCCUUUACGACUAAUGAUCUUUGACACAUUUGUAUGUUCCUAUAGCACAGAGUGCCUCCGUUGUAAGUUUAGCGCAGAAUUGCCAUCCGUCAUUCACUUACUUUUUAUAAGACAUCCACAUGAUCCACAUGGCGCCAUCAUCUGUUCAUUGCUGUAUUUUCCCUGUGAUUCUUCCAUCUUUUCUCAAACUAUAGAAAGCCCAUUUUUUUCCAGAAGAGUAAUACAAUCCCCACAGGUGACCACUCUUGUACUUAAAAAUAAAUAAAUAAUUCUUUAGUUUCUUGCUCAGCGCACAUUCAUAGGAAGCUGCCUUACAUUAAGUCAGAUCAUUGGUCCAUCUAGCCCAGUACUGUCUACACUUACUGUCUACGACUCUCUAUGGUUUGGGCAGGGUUCUUUCCCGGCCCUACCUGAAGAUGCCAGGGAUUGAACCUAGAACCAUCUGCAUUCAAAGCAGAUGUGCUAUGGCCCUUCCCUGUUAUAACAUUUGUGGUGAGUGCUAAUUUUAUGACCCAAUUUUUGUUUUUAAAAUCUUUUAAUUGUCCCUAAAAUGCCUUACUGGUUAUAAUUUUUUAAUGAAUUAUAGCAUCAAAGCACCAUAAUACCAUAGCAUUAUGGCAGUAUAACGCUAAAUCCCUGUUCCAUAAAGAAGAAGAAAAGGCUGGAAAAGUGAUUUUAAAAUAGGGUCAUAAAAUGUCAGUUACAAUUUCACUUGUGCUACGAGUUAACCCAUCUAAAAGCAGCCUUAGUAAUGCAGCUAUUGAACAGAGUGCUCUAGUUCUGGGCAGGACACUGGUUUCACCAGAAUGUACCAGUCAAGUUGUUCUCGAAGCUACCAGCAUGAGUUUGACCAAACUGCAGGAGGCAGUGGAAGACAGGAGUGCCUGGCGUGCUCUGGUCCAUGUGGUCACGAAGAGUUGGACACAAUUAAAUGACUAAACAACAACAACCAGUCAAGUUGGGAAAAGCAGAGGUUGAUAAGACUCUCCAUGGAGUCUUUUUCUCUUCCAUGGCCUUCUGCUGGAGGCAUGCGUGUGGAAGUGCUUGGAUUAUUGCCGGAGUGGCACUGUUACAGGUGCCACAUAAUACUCAUUCCGCAUUUGUAAGAUAUCAAUCCUGCCCUUUGGAACUCACUGCCUAUUUUCAUCAUGCAAGCGCAUUCACUGUGCCUGCUAAAAACAUUUUUGUUUAGCUACCCAGAUGCAGAGAAUAUAUACAUAUGUUUUAAUAUGUGUUUAGCUUAUAACUGAUAUAAAUCAGAGUGGCUGGGAAAACCCAGACAGAAGGAUGUACUAUAAAUAUCAGUAUCAUCAUCAUCAUCAGCUUUGGUGAUAACUCAUAGCUGAGUAAGACUGUCUUCCAUAAACACGGUUUUAACAAUGAGUCCGUAAGUGACUGUGGAGGCCAAUUCUGGAUCCACACGUCCUUCCACAGUGGGGACAUUGGUUUCCGGUCGGGAGUUGAUCACAGUGUAGAUUUGCCAAGCGCGCCUUCCUCUUAGCACAUUUCUCCCUUGCAUCCUGAGUUUGAGUAUCUUCAAAGCCCAUAACACCUUUGGUAAAGGCUGUUCUCCAAUUGGAGCGUUCACAGACAAUUAACAACAACAACAUUAUUAUUAUAGCUGCUUUUAACUUUUUGCUGAUAAUUUUAUUGUUUCACUCUUUUUGUAAACUGCUUUGAGGUGGUGAUUGUUGUUUUACAAUCAAGUGGUAUAUAAACUUUAUGAAAUAAAAUAUGUUGGCCCAUCGUGUAUUCCAUAUGUAUCUCUUACCUGUGCCUCUCAAAGGUUAUACCCACAGGCUGUCCAUCUGUGGUCCAUACCUGCUUCGCUGGGAAGGAAUGGAGCCACUGGUUGUACAUAUGGGACUCCAAGAGCAUAAUGCAGUGCACAUUCAGCAGAACAAGGGUUGAGGAAUGAGGAGAGACAGAAAAUGGCUCAGUGGAGUUCUAUAGGAUGGAGGUUGGAUUGUGCCGUUUUGGGCCUGUGGGCACAUUUGCAAACCAGAGGGGCUGUUGUGGACUACACUUCAACUAAACACACACCACAAUCUAUUAUAGUGGUUAUAAUAGAAUACUUCUGUCAAGCCUAAUUUCAGCAGGGAGAGGGUACCAUAUAGGUGCCUGUAAAUGCUUUUGCAGCCACCUAUGUGCCCAUGUGUGCCACGCUGGCAAGCCGUGCCUUAGUAUAUUAUGAAAAAUUCUGCAGCAUCUUGAAAUUUGGUAAAACACUUCUGCGAUGAGCUUUUCUGCUUACUGUUAAAAAAGCCUCGCUGAUCUCAAAUGCAUUAAUCUAAAAAGUAACUCCUGUGUUACUGAAUUUUUUAACAAUGCAUUUCAGCUAAGGAAACCAAGAUGAGUCAUCUUCAGAUUCAACAAAGUGUUUACAUAAUUAUUGAGUUAAAAAAUAGCCCAGUGUUCCAGACAGAGAGGUGUGGGGUUUUUUUUGUCUUGCUGGUAGAAAUGCAGUUCUAACGUUUGAAUCUAGCACACAGAGUAAAUCAUCAAAUAUUUUCAUAUUACAAAAAGGUGGGAGACUACAUGAUUCCUGGGCAUUUUGAGACAUUUAUGCAUGGAAACGCUGGUGGCCUACCACCCGUUUCCAGCUCCUGCCCAGCUUCCUGUGUAAGAGACUCUGGCUAUUAGAGAGUGAAGCCUAAUAUUGGUACCAUUUGCCUGGGGUCUCCUCCCAGCACCCCCACCUGCAAAUGCUUUAUUGACAUACUACAGAGGCUUCUGAGGUAUUCCCUCAUUGUUUUUUUGUAAAAUGCUUAUUUACAAUGAAGCAGUAAAUAGUUUUCAUGUAGUAUGCUGCUUAGUGAAACACUGAGCUCACUUUCAGUGAGGUGCCGCGUUGAAUCUGGGAAACACAGCACUUACAGUAUCCAGCUUUCUUGUAGUUUGUUUGCUGUAUCAAAAGCAGUAUCUCAUGUAGUGCUUUGCAGCAUUCAAGAGACCGCUUUUAAUCCAGCAGGUAUCCUGAAAAAUGAGAGAAUGUCCUCUCAUUUCAUCAUGAUAUGGGAAGUAAAAGCUGGGAUUAAAGCUGCAGAGGCAAGAGGGCACAUUCGUAGCAAAUCCCAGCAUUCAUGUUGGUCAGGCAAAUAGAUUUCCUUUCCGGCUGUCUGAGAUUCCUCAGCACUAGACGAGAGAACAUCCAUAGGCUUCUAAGCAUGUUUCCCUGUAGGUUCUUGGGUAUCUUCUCAUGUAGCACUGGGCCAGGAAGUCACCUUGAUAUAGAUCUUACACAGCAUUUUAAACUCUGGAACUGUCUCCCAAGUAUUUAGUACUUGUGUGUGUUGCAUCAAGUAAUAAGGAUGUAUAAUUAUAUAAACUGGCACUUUCCCCUAAUGUACUAGUGUUAGAUCCUUUCUUGCUUACCACUAAGAUUAACUUAAAGGAGGAGAGCAACUAUAUAUAGGCAGUGUUCUUUCUUUUUCAACACAGUAUCUACAUAGCUGUCAACUUUUCCCUUUUCUUGCGAGGAAUCCUAUUUGGAAUAAGGGAAUUUCCCUUUAAAAAAGGGAAACGUUGACAGCUAUGGGUAUCUAUGUGUGUUAAAAUCUGAUAUAAAAUAUAUAGAGUGAUAUCUCACAAAAGAGCUAACAGACUCAACCAACAGAAUUUAAGCUAGCACUUAACAACUAAGAAUUUGUUCCACAAUGUAUAUACAUCCCUCUCCAACUGCAGUCCUUACUUUCACAUCAAGAAAUCCUCUCACAGGAAAAACUCUUGCCCAUUGAUGACCAUACUCAUAUUGCAUUAUACUACAGACUGUCCUCUCUUUUUAUAGAUGUUCCUUUCUGUUCUUGCUGCUCUCAACAGCGGUUGUAUCCAAUGUUAGUCUUACUCAGGGUAGAACCACUGAAAUUAAUCGGGCAUGGUUAACUUAGGUCUGCUCUUAGGAUCAAUACUGGCUCCAACCCCAGAGUUCUCAAAUAACCACCAAUCUCCCAGUGUGGCAGAAGUCUGAUACCAGGCCUGAGAACACACACAACUUUUUCAGUCCCCCUAAAUGGAGAAAGGCAGGCCUGCACCAGUUUAGUCUCUUUGAAGCAGUAGCUAUCUCUGCUUCCCUUUCCCUUGCCUCUGGCAGGAGAGGUCUACAAUAACAGAAUAUUCAUUAUGCCACCCAAACCACUCCUCUCAUGGAUAGUCAGUUUUAUGCUAAAGCCACUGCAACCUAGAAAUAAGGCCUUUUCUGGGGCACAUGAAUGUAAGAGAUACAUGAUUGGCAGAAGAUGAGGAAUGAAUGUGCUUCCCUAGAAACUUCAAAAGGCAACUUAUAGUAGUAUCUUAAAAUAAGUUCCAUAAGAGUUCAAAGUGUUCUCCUCCUCAGGGACAACUAAUGUGAGGAAGUAUUUCAGGCUAAAAAGUAUGUUACAUUUAGGGUAUUGUAUGACACAAACUGACAAAUAAACAUCCCACUUCCAGUUUUUGUUCCUCACCCAAAAGAUGUGGUGAAGCAGCUUUCUCUUCCCACUGUCAUCUAAUCAGAAAUAAGGCCUAGAUUGCCAGAGUCUCCUUAUAGUUUUGUUCAUUUUCUUUAGCAAUCAGGGCUUCUGUGAAUCUUUCCUUAUUUACAUGCAGGCAUGGAUAAACUAUGCUUGCAGAUCAGGAAUGUAACUGAUUUUGUAGUUACAAAUGCAAUAUUGAUCAUUUCCCCCUCCAUUAACAUUUACUUCGCUGAAAUAUUUCUUUAAGUUUUGAAACAGCUUCUGUAACCUUCAGAUAGGCAGCCUCCGUGAGGAAGAUCCCCUGCAUUGGACAUGGGAAUUAGGUCAGAUCAGGCAUAGGCAAAUUCCGGCCCUCCAGAUGUUUGAGACUACAAUUCCCAUCAUCCCUGACCACUAGUCCUGUUAGCUAGGGAUGAUGGGAAUUGUAGUCCCAAACAUCUGGAGGGCUGGAGUUUGCCUAUGCCUGGGUCAGAUAGACACAAUACACUCUUAAUGAAAGAGCAUGUACUUGACUCCCUGGUCUAUCUACCUUUAUAAUCUAUUUACCUGUAAUGGAUACCAUCUUUAAUAGAUAACUUACCUGUGAUAGAUACUACAAUCUUAAAGAAUGGAGCAGCUUUCCCUAUCAGUGGACAAAACACAGAAAGAUGCAAGAUUAGAGAUGUGAAUUGGCUUAUUCUUUGCCUGCCCUGUGUUUCCCGAAAGAGAGGAGGAGCUGCCUCACACCAUCAGCCUUUGGAGCAGCAGCACUGCACUGUUUCAAAGCAAUAGUACCGCUCUUAGCUGUCUUUGCCUUAUAGUAAUGGGAGAGAAAUUUUUGCCAGAGUCUGUGGAGUGCUGCUCCAGAGCUGAUCUGAUGCACUGCAACUCCAUUCUGCCUGUUUAGGGGUGUGUGUGCACCCUGCAUCUCACCCUUGCAAGAAUCAGGUGCUUACACCUGAUUAAGUACCAAAUGUAAUGGUAGCAAAUGCAAUGGUAGCAAUCAACUGCAGUUUAACAUGGCGGAAUCAACCUCAGCUUUCUCCUGGGCUUGCACCAACCCACCCACCUCUCCUCCUCUUCCGUAGCUGGUUGAUGUGUAGCAGCUGCUGCUUUUUAGAAAAAGAAAAGCGUAACCUAAUUCUGAAUGCCUUACAAUUUCCCUCUUUUCUUUGAAAUUCCAAAUGGGCAGAAGGGAGAGGAGAGCCGUGGAUCAGAUCCAAGCAAUUUUGAAGGAAACUGAUUUUCUAGAUCCAUUCCGUUUGGGGUUUAGGCAGUUUUGGCACAGAAACUGUUUUAGUUAUCCUGUAUGAUGACCUCUGCUGGUAGGCAGGGGAAAGGUGUCCCUGUAAAUUCUCCUUGACCUCUCAGCCAGCAGCUUUCAAUACCAUCAACCAUGGUAUCCUUCUGGAGCAGCUGUCCAAGUUAGGGGUGGGUGGCUUUGCGAUGGUUCUGGCCCUACUUGGAUGGUUGUUUCCAGAGGCUGAUGCUUGGGGGAGUGCUGUUUGGCCCUGUGGAGCCUUCAAUAUGGGGUUCCUCAGGGUUCAAUUUUAUCCUCUGUGCUGUUUAACGUAGAGGUCUGGAGGGUGGCAGCAAGAGAAUGGGCCUUUUUGUGGAAUGCUUUCUAUAGGGAGGCUUGCCUGUCACCUUCAUUAUGUAUCUUUAGGUGCCAGGUGAUAAUGUUUCUCUUCAACCAGGCCUUUGACUCAUUAACAUUCUAUGUCCUUUUAAAUGUGUUUGUGGGAGGGGGUAUUGUUUUUUGUUUUUAUUGUGUAUUUAGCUGGAAUUUGACCAUCAAUAACAGUGCCCGGGCAACUUUUGCAUCUGGAUUUUCACUUUUUGAAAUCUGGCAACCCUAUCCAGAGCCACCCAGACUCUUAACAUAAGACUGCUUAUGACCUUGCAGUCUUUGCAAAAUCUAUUAUUGGCGAUUAAUUUUUGUGUUUGUUUUUUUAUUAUACCUGUACCUUGAUACAUUUCUGAAAAUGUCAAACUGAUGAAAAGGUGUGUGUUUCUUACCAAAGUUGAUUUUUUGGGGGGUGGGGGUCAGAAUUCAUGAACAAAAAGUCAUCUUUGGAAAGCAGAGCUGCUCUAAUUUGUGACUUCGCCAUAUGAAACUUGAUCAGAACAUUCUCAGUAGGAAAUUGGGGCUAGCAAAUAGCAAUCUGCCUCCAUAUAUAUGCAAAGAUGUGAAGCAUGCAACAUUAUUAGGGGGCCACUACCAGUCUGCCAGUAUUUUGAACAUUUGCUCCUUACCCUCUGAGUUGCCAUUGAUUUGAUCUUUGCAUUUGACCCCCUGAUGCCUCCCAGUCCACCCCUUUCCUGCCUCUUCAUUUCUUUAGGAUAAUGUCUUAAUUGCUGCACAUGCAACGGUAUGAUCAAAAUGUAAUAUAUUAUUGCCUUUGUUUUGUUGCCUUUUAAAAUGCUUGGCCUUGAUGUUUUAUUAAUUUCUCAUUUUAUUAUUUAUUGCUUGGGGUAUUAAACAGCACACAACAUACAAAUGAAUGUAAAUCAUUCUUUGACAUAUAGACUUAUCACUUAUUUUUGUUUAUAAAUACGUUUGACAUUUCUGCGUGCCCCCCACUUCUUCUUUGUCUUCUUCUUCUUGUUGUUCUUCUUCUUUUUUAAUAGGUUAGAAAAAGAGAACAUUCAGCACAGCUUUAGCAAUGAGGCAAAGACCCGAGCCCUUCAGGCCCAGCAGAGAGAGCAGGAGCUGACACAGAAGAUGCAGCAAAUGGAGGCCCAGCAUGAUAAAACUGGUAGGUGGUAGGGAAAGAUUAGAGCCUGGGCAUUCACUCACAAGCCCGGCCCACGCCUGACUGUGAAAUGACAUCAGGAACACCUGUAACCUUUGGCUGGCCGAAGGGAGCAGAUGCUAACUACACCGGAGAUUCCGAAUUACAUAUUAGUUAGCGUUUAAAAGAGAAAAUGGAAAGUAUUGCCCACUGUCUGUUGAUUUCAGAGUGCUGCUCUCACAUCUGUUGCACCAUCUGGAUUAUGAGUUUAUUUACCUGUGUUCAAGAAACGUAAAGCUGAGAGGGACCACAACAAAGUAGAAAAACAAAGGACUUGUUUUUGGCUGGAUUUUCAGGCACACAUGUUAUAUAAAGAAAAUAGCAUCAGAAGCUCUGCAGGAAAUGCUCUGAGCUUACAGUUAAAGUCUCUUGAAUAGCAUUGAACAGUUCCCACAGUACACACAUUAUAGCUACUCUAAAAGCUUAAUGAGUUUGCUUCAGAAUCCAAACUGGAGAAAAGCUUUAGCCAUUAAUCGGUACUUAAUUCACUGUCGCAGCUGGAUGUAAUUCACUGGCUCCAAAUUAAUAUGUUCCUUUAUUUAAUCUUUGCAGGCUCACACAUUUUUAGAAUUUGUAUUUUCUGUCCUCCUCAAAUCUAGAUGGAUCUUUAAUCCUUUGCAGCAGUGAGAGAGAACCUGAAGAAUGCAGUUUAAAUUGAUAAAUAUAGGACAUUGGUAACAGCUGGCAGCAUGACUGGAACCUGAUGUGCUUCAAUAUUUUGGCACAGCUGACCUGUAAUUCUUUACCUUUUAUAGUAUGAAAGUAAAGCGGAUUUACAGAAUUGUUGACAGUCAAAAUAUUAUGUGUGGUCCUUUUAUAUCGGGGGUGGACAAAUUGCUUUUCAGGUCCACAUCAAAACUAUAUCAUGAGCUGUAGAAUGGCAGCAAAUUUGCAUAUUUAAGCUGUAAGUAGCAUUGCUCACAGAAAAUAUGCAUAAAUUGCAUAUUUUAAAAACCUGAAUUCUGAAACUACAGUUGGUGGAUGUGUUGCUGUUGGCAAUUCAGUGAGCCCCCAGUAAUGCGUUUAAAUGUGUGUACAGACUAUAAAUGUUGCUAAUCAGCUUAGCAAGACGGGGAAUCAUAUUUGUGUAUUUGCCUUUUUAGAUCAUAUCCCAACCCUCCCAUAAUCUCUGUAUCUGGCUUAACCAACUAUUUAUCAUUUAUUGAAAGAGAGGAAAAAUAACAAAUAGCUCCAGUUCCCACUGAAAAGCAUAUAAAUUCCCCCAAAGUAGACAGUGACUUUGGGGGAGUUGCUCAUGACCUGGGUGAUCAGGCCCUCACUUGAUCCCUUAGCCAGGGGAGAGAGGGAAGCUAGAUCCCUGGUGGGACAGAGGACUGGCCAGAUUGGAGGUAGCAGUCAGUUAUCAGGGCAUUCCAGAAAUUCAGGACUGGUGUCAAGCAUGGGGAGGCCGUCCAAAGUGGGUGUGGUCCACUAAGCAGGGUCAUAAGGCAAAGCCAAGGUCAAACACAAUGGAGUAUUCUAAAGCUAGGCAGCAUUCCAAGAGCAAGGUAUCAGCAGAGGCCAGCAACUCAGGGUUCGUUGGCAUAGGAAACAGGAGCAAAUUGCUGGGCUGCACAAAACUAAGUGCCUGUGUUGUUCCAGCAACAAAUAGGCUUCAACUGGGCUCUUAUGCAACCUGGUCACCCAGACCUAGGUGCAGCUGGGAAGCCCAGCCUGCCAAGAUUUCCUCUUUCCAGAGAGGUUCCUUAUUCCUGAGGAGCCUAGUUCUUCUGGGCUUUCAAGUAUGCACAAUAGACGACUUCCUGUGCCUACAUUUUCUGAUGUGAUGUUCCCUAUGGAUUUCUGAGCCCAAUUUCAGGUAUUAAUGUUGCAGUAUAAAACUUAAAACAGCUUGAGACCCAAAUAACUAAAGGAGCACCUUUGCUUAUAGGUGCCUACCUAAAUCUGCAGUCCUUCCCAUUGUCCCUUUGUCAAGUAAACUGCAUAGUGUGAUGGCAUGGAAUGAGGUUUCUGUGGUAGCACUCCAUCUCUGAAACAAUCUCUCCCUGGAGAUGUGCCUGGUCCCAACAUUUCUCACUUUUCAGGGCUUUUUAAAGUGCUCUUGGUGAUGGUGGAGAGUGUGUGUGUGUAGUUAUUUUAGUUUAUUUUAGUCUUCUGAUGCUUCAUUGUGCUUAUGUUAUCCACCUUUUGAGGGAAUAUGGUGCUGGUGGUUUUACGAUUUAUAUGACUAUUACUUACGUUACUGUUUUAUGCUGCUGGUUUUGUUUUAAUAUUAUUGAUAAUUAUAAUGUCGUUUUAUCGUUAUAAGCUGCUUUGGUUUCUUUGAUAGAGAGCAGGGUAUUUUAGAUAAAUAUUGAUUGAAUGAAUAUAUUUGUCCUUUCAUUGUUCAGAGAAAUUUCUUGUCCUGGACAGUUUCUGCUUAGGUACUCAAUGACUAGCUGCAUUGCCCUGGAGCACAUGUGUGACCUUGUCUAGCUCCUGGGAUGCUUCUCAAAGUAUACCAUUCUUAGAACAAGAUUAUCUUGCCUUUCUUAACAUCCUUUGCUAGCCUGGAUUGCUAGCUCAACACUGAACUGACAGCCAUCUCAGUUUCAAACUGUGUUCUGUUUGAAUUAUGCAGCAGUGACACCAAUCCUAGCAGGCCAAUCUUUGCUAAAAAUGAAUGCAAUUAUUUGCUUUAUGGCUUCAUUCUACACAAGUGUAUUAAGGGAAAGGGACUAUUUGUGGCAUCUCUCUGCAUUCUAUACAGCACUUCUGCGUAUAAGCAGCUGUGACUUGGCAUAGAUGUUCAGAACAAGUUGUCAUUUACUUUUUCCUUCCUUAUCUGUAAGAUCUCACUUAAUUUGCUUGCUUUGGAGAAUAGUAUUUUGUGCCCAUUGAUAUUUCUAAUAUGAAUAACAAGAAAGGAAAAGUUAAGACAUAUUGAACACAAAUAUCUCAUCUCAAAUGCAAUUAUAUUAAAUUGCUUCACAGAUGAAGGAACUAGAAUUUUAUCUGCUAUUUAAUUGAAUACUCUGGUUUGUUUUGUUUUUCAUAUAGAGGUCUGAUCAUAGUGCUUGCCGUAUUCCAUAUUUCCCCUUGACAUUUCAUUUGAUGAAUUAGUGAAUUAAAAUCUUCAAUAAUUUAAAACUGAAAAAUUCAAGAUUUUUGCUAUGUUGUGAGGUACAAAAUUUCAAAGCUCAAUUCUCUCCCCACCCCAACCUAUACCCAUGGCCUUUUUCACAUAUCUUGUCUCCAUUUUCCGGUGUUUCCCAUGUCUACAGUAAAUUGGAGCUGUUGGCUAACAACUGCAAGAAGCUGUUCAGUUAAUAAUUUCAGUUACAUAUAAGGAAAAUAUUAUAUUUGCACUUUCUGAAGAUUGGUCAAGUUAUGGUGUCUUCAUACCAACUUUCUGUACCUUCAGUUUUCUCUUAAAGACAUCUAUAUUGUGCUGUACAAGUCCUCCUUAAUGAAUGUUUCAAAUAUACUUCCGCAUAUUCUGUGAUCCAUCCAGCAAACUAAUAUGACUCAAAUGAUAGCUUUUGUCUAUCUCAUGUGGAAGUUAGUUUGAUUACAUUAGCUGGUAGAACAUGAAAUAUAUUUUCUAAGGUAUUUGACCUCUAGACCACUGUAGUUUGGUGCUAUGCAGAUGUCCUUGGCAAGGGACCAUAUAAAAGAAUUUAGCAGUCAAAAGAGGAAUGUGUUUUGGUAUCACUGGAAUAAUCUUUGUAGUACUAUAGAACAGUAUAUAGUGACAGACCAUAAUAUGAACAUGUUAAUGAUUAUCUGCUGUGAAACUGCUCAUAAGAUUCAUGUGGAACUACAGAACACUUAGUCAUUGUAAUUUCUCCUAAAAUCCAUUACAUUUAGGACUGCUGGAAAGUGUGUAAUGUGUGACAAUAUAUAUGCAUCCUGUUUCAUACACAGAAUUACUUUCCAUGUAGGAAUUUUGUUCUGAUGGUAAAUUUCUCCACUUUCACCGACCCUUUCACCAGGGAUUGGUUAUUUUUCUUGAGCUCCAAAAUGUUGGGUUGUUUUGGGGGAGGGGUUUGUGGGGGAUGAUGGUCUUAUCAUUGCAGGAGCUUGCUCUGUAUUUUUCCUUUGUUUAAAACAGUAGAAGCAGUGCAUUGUCCUCACUAAGUCAUUCCAGAGGUACUCUGGGAAGGCAGCAUGGUGGCCAGACCACAGCUGGAAAUUGGAAUGGUAUUCAACUGUCAGCAGACCCACUGAAAUUAAUGGACAUGACUUAAUUGGGCCUGUCAAUUUUAAUAGGUCUACUCUGAGUAAAAUUGAAUUCCAUCCAUCAUGACCAUAGCUACUGCCACCAGACCCUCAAAAAAAAAGGGAGCACAAACCAUUUCUGCCCUCAAACCUUCCCGCAAAAAUCACAGUCCCUAUUCUUGGGAUUUCAGGGUGUUUCACUACAGCUCAAGUUUGAAGCAACGUUAAAAUGGGAAGGGGGAGACAAAAAAAUUGGUAGGGGGCUUCUCUCACACAGAUUUACUCAUGGGCAAGUAAGAUCAAGAUGCUCAGGAACAGGCUUGAGCGUGUGGUUUUCUUACCACUUUUGAAGGGACUUUCGUAUUAUGACUUUCCAUAGAGAUUCGGAUGUCAAUUUCUUUAAUUGAAAACUAGGUUCUAGUGUUAAUAUAACACUUUAAAAUGUUCCUUCUAAAAUGUCCUGUAUUACAUUUCAAACUUUGUAUACGUAGAAUAUAACAUAUGCACAUUUUUUAAUGUAUGCUUUCUAGUUAAUGAACUGGAUUCCUUGCUGAGUUCGCAGAAUGCACUCUUAUCAAAAUUAAAAGAAGAGUGCUGCACGUUGGCAAAGAAGCUUGAAGAUAUGACAGAAAAAAACAGGUAGGCAACAUUUUUACUCUUUGUACACAGAGCUACUUGCAGGCUUACGACUUACAAGUAGCUAAUAGAAAUUUGUGAGUUGAUAAGCCAUUUUUACAGCACUUACAUACUUCAGUUUUAGUAUUGUGUUUCUAGUCUUCCAUAUUCCUCAACAUAGACAUUAAAUGUGAACAAAAUCACAUACACAACCAGGUCUGCCCCACUGGUGAGGUAAGGUGAGCACUGGCAGAUGAAGGUGGGUGCAGUCUGCCCCGGGUGUCUUUCCUGAGAGGGGGGGACAUCGCCGCUCCAUCCCCCUGGGCCGCUUGUGGCACACACACCCCCGGGACGCUGGCGGCACGCUUCAUCCCUGCUGGCUGCUAGCCCUGCCCCCAGGUGCAUGGCAUGCUGGCUCUGCCUCUGAAGGUGAGGCAGCACCUGCCUCACCUCCACCACCACCAGCACUGGUUUCCAAGGAGAUCUUGCCAAAAUCUUAUAAGAUCUCACGAGUGCACAAGGUCUCGCAAGAUUUUGGCAAAAUCUGUCUGGAAGCUGGCACUGCUGUCAGUGCUUUGUGGAUGCCACUGCACAAUGCAGGUAAGAGAGCCAUGGUACCAGUGGUGUGGCAGCAGUGGGGGGGGGGGAGUGAGGGAGGCAGCAUGUUCCCAUUUCUCCUCAAGCAACCUGCUGCCCCUGUACACAACCAAUGUGGGCAGACUACUUUCUUUUUCCAUUUCUGUUCACUUAGGUCUUAGGAUACAGUAACUUGAUCUUUUAAUGUAGUAUGAGCCACAGGAAAGCCCUCAGACAAAUAUCACAUUCACACACCUGUCACAUUAGAGCUACUUACCGCAUGCCCAGCUUAUACACAAUUAGUGUUAAUAUACAUGUGGCACUAAUGUAGCAACAUGUAUGUGGACAGGUGCAUGUGGUAACUGUAUUCAGACAUGAUAAAGACUACAUAGACUGCUGACACAUCUUUAAAUCAAAUCUUAUAUAGUGGUGCCUUUGAGGUAACCUUUCCUCUUUGCCCACUUAUUGGUGAACAUAUAAUCCCAUCUUGCAAAAAGUAGGUGCUUAUAUCUGAUAAAUGCCAAAUGUAUUGGCUGCAUUGAGGCAUCACAAUAAAUUAUGGCCUAUCUUGACAAACAGAAGCCUAACCUCCUUCUGGGCUUGCGUUGUCCCACCUCUCCUCUCUGCCUCCAGCAUAGCUGGCUUGGGAUAUGGCACCUCACCAACGCUCCUAAGAAGUAAGAAGGUAGACACAGCUUUGGGUCUGAAGCCCAGACAUUUGUUAAUAUGCUUCAGAAUGUAGUAAAAGAUGCCCUUCUCUUCAAGUAGUGUGUGUUGAGAUCUGUCCCCAAACUCUGAUUUGUAUGGAAGACUCACAUGGUUAUAAUAGUGUGCUAUUGUUGAAAGAGCAUUUCACUUUCUAAUUGAGAGACAAUAUGGUGAGUUUCAUUGCUCCAGUUAAAUGAUAUAUAUUGAAUUGUAAUUGUUUACACUUGCUCCUUAACCAUCACAGUUUAUUCUCUGAUGCUGACUGGGUUUGUACCUAUUUUGCUCUGUAGCUGUUGGCAUUAGCACAACACUUUCUUCAAACUAUACAGGGCACCCGUGGACACCCAGAGCUUGGAGCAGGCCUAAGAGAUGAUGCUUAAAUGCUUGCUAGUUUUUUUCAGCAAUUGUGUAGCUUCUGCCAGGAAGUUUCAAAAAGAAAAGCCCUUUUCCAAUUAUUUGUAGUGUAGUACAGAUAGAUAGGUUUUGUGAUUUCCCCUCCCCCCCAAUCACAGGUCUCACCAUUUUUCUGAUUGAGCUUCACAAAUUAAUGCCUAUUAAAUACUCACUUACUUUGGGUAAGAUUGCCUAGGAUUGGAAUUAAAGAUGCAUAAAACAUUUUGAGGUCUUCUGUUGAAUAUACUUAGGUUGCCUGAAGAUGAAUUUACGUUAUGGAAGUGGGUUGCAAACAUGCUUUACUGUGUUCGGAUAUUACCUUAAGUAAUGUAUUAAUAAAGCUAGCCUUCAGGCGUAAUUGGUGUGUAGAAUCUAUAAUAAUAAAAAUUGUAAUGAGCGAAAAUUUCCCUACAUAUAUGGGCGGAUCUUGGAAGUGCUUGAUUUACUCCCCUCAAGCUGCACAGUUGACACUGUGUACACAUGCAAAUGUAAAAAUACAGCCCUACAGUGUUCUCGGUAUAAUUUUGCUUACCCUCUUUUUGGGUUGUCCCAAAGUUUGAGGCUUGUGGAUUGAUGCUUGACACUGCCCAUUGUGUAUUUGUGAUUUGCGUUUUGUAAUUAAGGGCAACAAUGGGAGUCCAUUGGGUCUCGUUAUAUAUAAUGGUUGGUUUAAUUUGUUUCACUUCUAUCUUGUUAAUUGUAAAUUGAUCAUUAAGAUUUGAAUUCUAAUCUGUCACUAGGGUUGAGUGUAUUGAAGCUAGAGAAAUGAUCCUGUUUUUAAUCACUGAUGAUGAGAAACAAAUUUUACCAUUUCAGUGCAUAUUGCUGUCCAUAUAUUUUAACACUAUAUUUUAUGGUGUUAUAAAUAUUGUUAAAUGACUUUUAGUGUAGUUUUACUGUUUGACUAUAAUGGAUAAAUUAUAUUACCAUUUUGGCAACAGUAGGCAUCCAACUGUGUGAGUUUAAUUGAAGUAAAGAACACGCACCCGGUUGAACUGUUUUUCUGCAUGUUUGAUUGGUGCUCUAUUAGAAGACGGCAGUCAUUACACUGAAGCACUGUGAGGAAAACAUUUGCCCAAGGUAGAGAAUCAGAAUGCCAGACAUUCUGAAAAAACCUACUACGGCAGUGAUACUCAGCCCCUUUUCUGAAUUAUCGAGUUUUCAAUUAAAAUCAAUAGAACCUACCUCACAUUUAAUUAUAAUACUAUGAAAUGGUCAGAUUCGUGAGAAAUGAAAAAACCAUUCUAAUGGACAAAGCAUCUAGGUUGGAAUUUCUAUGCUGCCUACCAAAGGUUGGAGGAAGAAAGCUGGCCAUGAGCCACCUUUGUACAUAUCCUAAAUGUUGAAUUGAUUUAAAGGAUAGUGCAGCUUUUUGACAGCAUCAGAUUUACAGGGGCUUCCUGAUGUUUUAUUUUGCAAUACUACUACAAUCGUACUAUUUCCAUUGCUCUGCUUAGAAUUCAGACAAGCUUGUUGGGCUAGUAGCAAAACCUAGAGUCCUAAGAUAGACUUUACCCAAGGAAUCCCUUCUGCAAUUAAUCGGUUGGACCCAGCUCUGUCCCUGGGGGUCCAAGUAACCUCAGUAGCCAGAAGCCACUUUUACCAGUUCUGCCUGGUAUGACAGCUAUGACUGUUUCUGAACUGGGAAAACUUGGCCUCAGUAGUUCAGGCACUGGUGACUUCAAGACUGGAUUACUGCAGUGCACUCUAUGUGGGGUUUCCCUUGUCUUUGACCUGGAAACUGCUGCUAAUGCAGAUUGCUGCAGCAUAUAACAACUCUGCUAGUUGCUGAGGUGCUGGUUGAACCCAGCUCAAGUUCAAGGUGUUACUGUUGUUACAUAAAACUCUUAAUGGCAUGGGAUCGCCUUGCCCAGCAUGUGACCACUCAACUUCUUUCAUCUGUGAAACUGGUACUAUUACAGGUGCCACACAGUACUUGUUCUGCCCUUCUAUGAAAUCUUUCUUUUAUUCUGGGUGUACCUACGCUUUGGAACUCCCUGCCUAAGGGCAUAAGGUAGAGACAUUCACUAUGUUCUUUUUGGUGCCUGCUUAAAACAUUUUUGUUUAGGCAAGUAUUUCUAGACAUGUAGGUGCUGAUGUGUUUUAACCUUUUUGUUUGUUUGUUUGUUUGUUUACUGCUUAUUUUAACUGUCUUUAUGGAUAAUGUUAAUAUUUCUUAGAAACUGCUUAGAGGUUUUGUUACUCUCCAGCAGUAUAUAAAUUUUGUUAGGUAAAAGAGAUGAUGAGAAAAGAAAAGAGAUGCUUCAUGUUGAACAAAUCUAUAGAAAUCAAUGUAUUUGCCUGUACUGUUUUAUUAACAUUUGUAUAAAGCCUUUUUGUAGUGUGGACUUCUUGCAGUGUCCAGUCCAUUUCUUGUGCAUUUAUGGAGGUGUAAGUUCACAGAGUUCAGUGGAAAUUAUUUCCCAUUAAAUAUUUAGGAUUGCAGUUUUGCAAUAGCUUUAUAAUAUCCUCUUCUUGCUUGGUGGUUCAUAUCAAAGAAUGUAUAGUAUUGUAUAAGGUGAGUUUCAUGCAUUACUAAUAGCCAUCUUUCUUGUAACCCAUCUGCCAAAAAAAAUUCCAUACAAUUUUUAAGCCAACUGCUGCAAUACUACUUAUUUUAAUUUUAAAAGUAAGAAAGAUGCUUCCCAUGCAGAUGUAUACUGGACUUUUGUUAAGGUGGUUGCACACUGCAGGAUAAAAUCUGGCAACAUCCAUCAUCAGUGUGCUUAAUUCUCCAGGUCUGAAGUCAGCCAGCUUACUCAGGAAAAUGAAUAUGUCCAUGACAGACUUGAGAAAAUGCUGAAAAGGAAUGAUGAAUUGGAGGAGCAGUGUAUCCAACAUGGAAGGAUGCAUGAGAAAAUGAAGCGAAGGUAGGAGGAUUUAGUAAUUUAUCCCUAUGUGGGUCUACAAACCUUGUGGUUCCUUUGAUGUGCAUGUUCUUAAGCUUCAGGAACAAGACCAAACUACAGUGGUACAUACGCUUCAGGUUACAUAUGCUUCAGGUUACAGACUCCACUAACCCAGAAAUAGUACCUCGGGUUAAGUACUUUGCUUCAGGAUGAGAACAGAAAUUGUGCUUUGGCGGCGCCGUGGCAGCAGGAGGCCCCAUUAGCUAAAGUGGUUUUCAGGUUAAGAACGGACCUCCGGAACAAAUUAAGUACUUAACCCGAAGGUACCACUGCAUUUUAGACUAUGAUUUCAUUGUGUAAAUAUUCUGGGUAUUGUUUCAAUACACAUGCACGGUAUAUUAAGCAUGUAUACAUGCACCCUAUAUUAAACAUGCACUUAAAAAAACCCCCAGUUAAUUUCACACACGAUCUUAGGCUGUUUAUAUUGUCUGCACUGACACUCAUAUGAACGGUCUAAAUAUAUGUUAUUCAAAUAAGCUUGUGUCCUAUUUAAGCAGCAAGUAUGUUUGUGUCCUAAUCCUUCAUUAAUUGGCAUAUUUUUCACUGGCUUUUAUUUUAAACCUUUUUUACUUCCUUAUCCGUAAAACUUGAAAUCUCAUUUAAAUAUCAACAGAACAGCAGUUACCUUUUAAAUAAAAUGUUUGAAUAUAGAAUGUAUUUUAGCUCCCUACCCAGUUGAGGCUAGCAUUGAUUUUGAUUCUAGGUCUAGGUGCCACACUCUCCUUAGCAAUAACGGAGUAGGGAAUGGGGUCAAGUCUUCUUCGUUUCCCUUGUUCCUCUUGCUGAGAGAGAGGUGGUAAUUUGUAUGGUUACAUCUGACCCAAUGUAAUACUACAGAGCAGUCACUGCUGAAAAGUUGUAGAGCACUUGAAAUUUUUCUGAUGGAGGCUAUUCUCUCCCAUCUCACGUGAUUCCGCUUUGUAUUCAGUUGCAAAUCAAAGCUCUUGCUUGUUGCCUCAGAGGCAGCUGACCUUCUCUAACAUGCCAUCUGCAAUCACCCCUACAUCUGCUUAAGAAAUGCCACUUCUCUGUUUUUUUCCUCUCGCUGAAUUUCUAAAUGUCUUACUUGCUGUUUAUGAAUCUUGUCGUUUAUAAUCCUUUGGCCCAAUUUCCAGUCCCCUUGGUAAUAUUCAUAUCAGAAUCUAUUAAGUUGCAUUUUAGAAGUCAAAUGCUUUAUAAAUGGUAACGUGUUUGCAUUUGCUGAUUUCGUAGUUUUAUCUACAUUAUGGACUGUUUCCUUAUACAUCCAUUCUCUGCUAAACUACCAUUUUCUCAAAGGAGGGACUCAACUGGAUGCCAGAGGAGACUUUCCUGCUUUAUUGUUUUUUUUCAUGUCGUGUCCCACAGUUUCAAUCUCAAAGGACCCUCAAAAUGGCUUUCUCUCAGUUUCUGCUUGUCUUGAGUGUCUGUCUUUUCUGUUCGCGGAAAGAGAGAUUCAGACCUUUCUCUUUCUUCAGGUUUGUUGAGGAGAAGGAGUAGGACUUUCUCCUACCCAGUGAAACGGUCUCCCUCGGAAAGUGGUGGACUCUCCUUCCUUGGAGGUUUUUAAGCAGAGGUUGGAUGGCCAUCUUUCAUGGAUGCUUUAGCUGAGAUUCCUGCAUGCAGGGGGUUGGACUAGAUGACCCUUGGGGUCCCUUCCAUCUCUAAGAUUCUAUGAUUCUAUCAAUGUCUUUAAGGCCUACCUAUGUAUUCACAUCAGAACCAGCCACGUUCGUGUAUGUUGGGAGGCACUUUCAAUCCCAAGCAGGCUUUUGACGCCCCUGAAUGGCAGUUUCUGACAACUUCUUCACAUUGUUAACACCACCAAAUAAAACGCUUUGAAGUGCCAACCUAUUGGUUAGAGCUUAUCUAAAUUUACCAUGUGAAUGAGAAUCCCCCCCAGAGUGCAAGUUCUUCCAAGCUGGUGACCUUGUAUCUUUUUCUUUUAUUUUUAGAGCAUAGUAACAACACUCUGCAUUUUUCACCACUGUACUAAAAUAUAUACUUGGCCAGCGUAUGAAACAUCAUUACCAUGGCAGUGCCUUAGGGCCGAGAGAACAGCUCAGAAAUAUGAUAGACAGACAGGGUUUUAAAAUGCUAAGUCCUCUCUUGUUUCUUAUCUCUGAAUGAGGCAUGCUCAUGUAUUUAUAAUUAACACAGAAAAGUUAUAUAGAACAAAAAUACGGUUUAACAACCAUACCUUUUCAUAUAGAAUAGCCACUCUUUGCUCAGUUACACUAGCUUGUCAUCUUCCUGAUGCUUGUAACUCCAAAACACAGUUUUAGAGUCUAUGUAGCUCCUUUCACUUGCUAUAUACAUCUAUGUGCAUGGUUAAUAUUUUUUAAAGGGUUUUUAACACAUACUUGAUCUCUUUCAAGUACCACAGUUCAAAGGAAAAGCCUAGAGGAUUGGCAGUUUGGGGCAGAUGUGUGUCUAUUCCUCAGGCAUCAGUGGCUGUAUGUUAACAUUUUUUUAAAAAAAUGUUACAGCCAUCUGUGUAACAAGACAGCAGAAAUCUGCACUUGCCUGCUACUAUAAAUAAGAAGGAAUCUUGUCUGGCUUCAGAGAAGUUGGAUUUAUAAAGACUUGAUGUGUCAAAUCCUAAUUGUGUACCAUGCUGCUGGGAUGUGUUGGCAGCCAAGAACCUGAAGUGGUCUUCCCUUCAGACAUUUUAGGGAAGCACAGCAUUUCUGGAAGCUGUCUCUCUAACGUAUGUGUGAUUUGAAGGUUGUGGUUUUUUUAAUGUGCACUUCACCCAACGGAAUUGCCUGCUUUCCCCCUUCCUUCCUUCCUUCUCUCUUUCUCUUCCCCCUCUCCUCCCACAUAGACAGUAUAUAUGACUAAACAACACUAUUGUGAACUUUAAAUCUUCAAGUGACCCAUUUAAUUCAGUUGAGUGAAAUCAUGGUGAAAGGGUGAAUGGUUGCAAUUAACUUACAGUUUCUACAAACUUUGUAGAAAUUGUGCAGUCAGAUCUGUUUAGAAAAUGUGCUGUGGAUUAACAACCAGUUUGUUUUUACUUUUUAAUUGGCUUUCAUUUUUUAAAACCCUAGGGUAUGAUCCAAACCACUAUGUGUUCAGCUCCCACACAGAUGAUUCCCAAACGAUCAAUAAAAUCUGGUUUUCUUCCUAUUGUGCCCCUGUGUACACACAAAUGGGCAUGAAAACAAUCAGCACAAUAGGGUACUAGAAUAAAUGGGCAAUUUGUGUACAUCUCCCAUAUUUUCGUUCAUCUCUCUUUCCCAUCUUGACAUAAGUUACUUGUACUCUGGGACCCAUGCCUGGAUGUAGACAGAAGGAAAGGGGUGUGUAAAAGAGUCUUCGUGUGAGGGUCUGGCACCUGUGGUGAUCUGGAUUACUUUACAAAACAGCUUGAAUUAUCUGUCAUGUGCAGCAGGUUCAGUGUGGUUUCUGCACAGAGAUGGAUGCUAUGUUUGUGAAAAGGUUCUGCCCAACACACAAGAGAAGAACACUUAUACUUCUAUCAGUUUUAUGGCAUUGCAUAGAUGGAUAUUGUUGUAAAAAAAUGUUUUUCCUAAAGCACUAGUUUAUACCUAGAAAUAAAUACAGCUAUCUACCUAUAUGAACGUUUUGCCGCACAUGAAUUGCUAGACUGAAUGGGUACAUUAUUGUCCUGAAUUUCAUCAUACAGAUUUUUUAAAAAAAGCUAUUUACAACAAUCUUUGGUGCAGUAUGACCAACUAUUUAGCAACUUACGUUCAAAAUAAGCAAAUAAUGAAUGAUGUAGAAAUACAUUGCCUGCAAUCUUCACAUUUCUGAAUGUUUAGAACAGGUAGCCAACAUAGUACCCUCUAGAUGUUGCUAGACUACAACUCCCAUUAUACCUGACCAUAGAUGAUGCAACUGGAGUUGAUGGGAGUUGGAGUACAACAACAUUUAGAGAGUACCACAUGGAGUACCUCUAGUUUACUAUAUAAAGAAAGCAAUGUGCAAAUCCAUUUAUCGGAUUGUGUACAAUAAGUAUAUAAGACUAUUUAGGUCAUGCUUGAAAAAAAUUAUUUGGCAAACAUUCUUGAUCAGUUUCACACCAUUGUUUUUCCAGCUGAAGCAUGGCUAAGUCAUAUGAUGAGUUUAUUUAUGCCUCACAAUGUCAGCCACAGGUAGAAGAACUUAAAGUCACAAGUAAAUGACAUCCUUCAUAUUCUUAGGUACCUUUCAAACACUGGAGCUGCUAAUAAGAUGCCUGUGAAAACAGGAUAUUGUUGUGUUAUGAGCGCACACUCUCCUAUUUUAAAUUCUGCUUAAGCCAUACAUUUUUUUCUUUUUAAAGUAUUUCUGCCAUGGCCAAGAUUAGAAUUUGGUACCAAAAAAUCCUGUUUGCAUGGCCCAAACUUUCAGUAUGUUUUAUCUUAGGGAAAGCUUCAAGCUGCUAAUCUAAGAUCAAAGGAUUGAGUCAAUGCAACAUAAUCCUAGCAGAUUUAUCAAAGAAAAUUGUCUUAAGUAAUACUAGAUAACAAGAACAGCAUGAUAUAUCCCAUAACAGGCUUCUGUUUCAGAAGCUACUCAGGAAAAUACCCAUGGACAGAAGUUACCGUCACAGAAAAUACCCUCCUUUUACUUUCAGAUCCAUAUUGUGUAAUAAUUCUUAAUGGGACUCUGCUUCUUCUAAUAACAUAUUUCUAGUGGUGUGGUUUGCCUUUUAAUGGUGUAUAUUUAAAUACCUGUCUAACUACAUCUGUCUCACUUUCCUUCAUUCCAUAUUAUGGAUGCAUCUAUUUUUUAAAAAGCUUGAUUUCUGUGUAGAAUCGCUGCAAUAUUUCAGAAUGCACAGUACGGGGUUUUGCAACUACCAACCAGAGAAAGAUCCCGCACAGCAGCAAAUACCCACUUUGGGUAUUGAAUAAUAAUUGAGAUCUUUGUGCCGGCCUUACAUGAACUCCAAAUAGCAGUAAAAUCUAAUUACCAGCCCAUUUGGUAAAGUACUUUAAGUGGUACCACAUUUGCUUGAAUUGCCAUGCUCUCUGUGACUUAAGGUAUUUGGAAUUCUUUUUUUCAAAGAGAGAGAACUUAAAAUAAGUACAGAUGAGUAUGCCACAAAGCAUUGUUAAAGAAGUAUUUCCAAAAUUACAUAUUUGCUAUUAAUAGUUAUACUGGGGACUCAAAUGGAAGUCAUGUUGGGAAGCAACACAAAUUAAUUUUACCUCUACCGCAUGGGUAGGCAAACUAAGGCCCGGGGGCCGGCUACGGCCCAAUCGCCUUCUAAAUCCGCCCCGUGAACAGUCCGGGAAUCAGCGUGUUUUUACACGAGUAGAAUGUGUCCUUUUAUUUAAAAUGCAUCUCUGGGUUAUUUGUGGGGCAUCGGAAUUCAUUCAUUUUUAUAUUUUUCAAAAUAUAGUCUGGCCCCACACAAGGUCUGAGGGACAUUGGACCAGCCCCUUGCUGAAAAAGUUUGCUGACCCCUGCUCUACCUCAUUUAAUUCAGACAAAGGUAUUUGUGCAUUGUGGCUACUUAAAGCACUAGGUAGGAGAACACAGGAGGAAGGAAGUUUUCGUUCCAAAAUGUGCAUUUUAUCAGGAAGCUUACCUGGAGAUACUUUUGGCAACUAACAACAUUUGAUAUCUACAAGAAGCCAGCUUGCUUAUAGUUGUAAUCUUGUAUUCAUAGGAGCCAACUCCUAGGGCCCAAGAUCCCUCCCCCCAUAAAAUGUUUGAGGGAGCCAGGCCAAAUCGAUCGGUAUCGCCAUUCAAAUGGUGUGUGUACACAGCAUCUUGUGAUUAUGUGGGGUAGUGCUUACCUGCCCCCCCCCCAUAUUUUAUUCAAAUUGGCACCCCUGCUUGUCUUUACUACUGCAACAUGCAUUCUGCUUUAUUGUUUUGGGAAUCAUAUUCUAUGAAGCAAUCUAAUUCUCCGCACAGUUGUUUGGAGAGUAUAGUAUCAACAUAGCUUUAAGUUUACCAAGUCUAUAAAUCAUGAUUGUGCACCCAUUGGAGGGAUAUUUCUUUUAUGCUGUUGAGGCAAUUGCUAAGGAGACAUGUAUUUUUUUCUGUGACCGUUCAUAUCGCUUAGUUCUUGGGUGCAUCCAAUCACUCUACGGUGGGAAACAUAUAUUGAUUCACUUACAGUGACUUAGCAAAUUCACCUGUUGGUUUGUCUUUUGUGUCCAGCCUCAUUCUCAAUCUAAUCACCUUUUGUUUCAGGUAAGACCGCCUCUUAGGAAACUACAUUUUAACUCUGUGUCACUAAGAUACCAUUUUGUCCUAAUUUGGUGAGUUCUCUCCUCACGUAUGGCUGUAUUCAGCUAAAUUGUUGGGCUAGCGGAAGUUGGGAGCAAGGAUUCCCCAGAGUGCAAUAAGAAUUAUGCUUUCUUCUCCCCAUGCGUGUCCUGUGACAUCCUCAAAUCUGCUCUGGAGUGUUGGGGGGACUUUCCCCCCCCAACAGAUGUAGGUGGCGCAAAGCAGGAGGAGAGAGGGGGAAUUCUGUUGCACAAGGAAAAUCCUUGUGCUGAUGGAACCUUAGCUUUAACCCACAAGUUGGUCAAUGCUUUACGUCAAAUGGUGCCUCCAAGGGAGUGAACUUCCCCAAUCUCAGCUAGAAGCUAGAUCCCUUGCCUUUCCUUCCAAACCUCAUUCCCUUGCUUCAUUUAAGGUUAGUUGGGAACUGUAAGAGGACAUAAAUUUUUGGAACUGCAAUCAGUGAGUUCUAAAAAGCCCAAGUUACUUGCUUAGAGACCGUUUGGUGUGGAGUUCAAGGGCAGCCUACGAAGACCAGCAUCCCUUUGGUCCCACGCCAUCAUGGCCAGUAUCCUGGACUAUCCAUGCUACACUUUUCAAUAUUUUCAAACUGUGGCAUACAUUCACAAGCUUGCUGCCUGGUUGCUCACAGAGCUCCAAUAUACAGCCACAGCCCUAAACACUUUGGUCACAGUGAAAUGUAGGAAACCUCCUUUCAUUCUCUUCUCCUUGGACCAGCUAAUUAUUAACUUUGCUGUUUUUCAUGGUGACUGCCAUUUUAAUUAUGUGAAUAAACAACUCUUAUAUUUUUAAACCCUAAAUUGGGACUUAGUUGUUUUUGCAAAUUCCCCCAAGGAAAGGGACAAUGUAACAUCCCCCAUGAUGUGCAACAAUCUCCAGAUUGAAGAACCCAAAUAUUUUAUGGUUUCAGUUAUUUAGAAAAAUAUAUAAACUGGUUGAAAAACCCUUUAAAAUAAUAUAAGCAAUUUUCAAUAAAGCAAAAUCAGCAAAAGGUCAAAAUCAGUAUUUAUUUCAGGGUUGCUGAAAUAACAUUAUUAAGCAGGCAUCUAAAACAGUGUAGUGAGAGUGCCUGCCUACUAUUACUGUCCUCCUUUGUUCACCCAUAUAACUUACAUAUUAGAGUAGCAUACGAUUAGGGACAUGUUCAGGCAUGAUAACAAUUGGGAAAACCAUUAAGCUGAGAACACAAAGCUUUCUGACUGUCUUAGAUCCUUAACUUUUUUUGGAAUCUAUAAGUUAUUGUAGCCUGUACUAUAUUUAGUAUAUACUGUGAAAAUCCAGUACACUGCAUUCAUUUUCAGUGUGCAUCUUUGUUGAACAUUACAGAUAAGCAAUUUAAAAUGGUGAAAUGAGGCAUGUGUCAAAAGGUCUUUAGAAGACUGGAUAUGAGCAAAGUUGGCUGUCAAAAUGUCAGUCCCAUGUCAACAAAUCUACAGGAUACGAAAGUGCCUAGCAUCUUGUCCUCUUUGGAGUUCCAUUUUUUUAAAUAGCAGUGAGGCAUUCCGGGAAGUGCAUUUCUGGGGAUUAUUGCAUUUCUCAGGUGGCUGAAAUCACUUGCCCUUCAGCCUUAUGCCUUGCAACACCACCCGAGGCAAGCAAUAAUCCCCAGUAAAGCAGUGCCUGCCUUGUCUUAUUGCUUAAUUAUUAUACCUAUUUAAUGCUACUUAGAACAUUGUCAGCUGUUGAGAAAAGGUAAUUAUCACUAGUCAAAUGACACACACUUUUUUGGCUGCCUUACGGAUACACAUUUUACUGGUACCUUGAUACAUAAUGAAGCCUGAUAGCAAAACUUUUGCUUGUCUCUUCUUCAAGCCCCAGCUGUUUCCCUGCUAAAUUCAUCCCAUCUGUCUCCCCUUCCGUAAGGCUGUAGGCAGUAUAGCAUAAGUACAGAAGCAGUUCAGUGCUAUUUUGGAUAAACAUAGCUGAAAUUUGAAUCCUUGCCAUUUGCAAUGCACACAUUUUGUUUUACUGCUGUAAAGAGAGCUGUCAAAAUAGAAACUACAUGGAUAAUUCACUGAAAUGCAGUCAAAUGUAAGGAAGAUUAAAAUGGAAUACACACAGAGACACACACUUAGGGUCAAUUUUUAUAUAAGUUGACAUGGGAUUGAUGACCUCUUAACAGCAUUGAAUCUUAAACACAUGUCAUUGUAUGCAACAAGCACUCCAAUCCAGUGACCAGUAUAAGAGAUCUUAUCUCCAGAGUCCAUUGAUUUACAGUAAUAUAUUAUACAUGGAACAAGUAAUUUACAGGGUUUUACUUGGGCAUUCCCUCAUGGGCUUUCCCUCAAUCCAUGGUUUGGGGUAAUUGUAAUCAAUCCAAAUCAAGAGUAGGAUCCAUAUUUCCAUAUCUACAUUGUUGUCUUGGAAAUUGGAAAGUAUUGCAACUACUGUUUAUGCAACCACUUUCAUUUCAUUUCCCAGCAGCUGUUACAUCACAUUGUUUUUUGUGGAGUUAACUGGAUGCCCCUGAAAGAGAAUUAGCUUAAUGACUGGGUAAUAUUAUUAAUACAGUGAGUAAUAUUCUGUGUUUGGAUAUUUAUUUUUAGUGAGAAAGAAGGCGACUCAGUAGCCACUGAGAUAUGGUCUACAUUCCUGGAAGCAGAGGUUCAUAUUUCUAUUUCUUUCUAAAUACGUAGAUUCUGUAAAACUUAGGAACUCUUAGCAAUAUGGCUAUCAACUCUCCAUUUUUUCAUUUCUUCACAUCAGUGUCCAUGAAGCAACCACACAGUUUCUCUGCAUAUGAGUAAACUCAUCAUUUUUUUCCUACCAGGAUAUCUUGUCAAUAUGAUGGUAAAUUUGUAUUUUUGAAGCUCAUUGGUAAUAUUUUUUACUUUUCUCUGCUUGAAUCGACUCUGAUCAGGUACUACAAUUUCCGUUUAUCAUCUGACCUUUUCAUUCCUUUUCAGUAUACAUUUCUGGGCUUUUGAGGAGGAUCAACGGAUCCAGUUUACCCAAGAUAAUGACUUUUUGGCAAGCUGGGAUUCCUGUCCUUUCAAUGCUAGUUUUACAGUGUUUAACUUGAGCAGGAGUUUCCAGGGGUAUUCCUAAGAUAAUGGGGAAAGGAAGCAUUGGUAUACACAGGGCACUGAAUAUGAUAAGCAAAAAGUUAAAUAACGCUGCUUGUACUUUCUCUGGAUUCUACAUAGCAUUCUUCUCAGAUUCUGUCCAGGCAAUGAUUGAGCCAAAAUUAGCCCAGCACAUUCAUUCUUCUGCCUCAGGUGAGAAUCUUCAAAAUGUUGCAGAUUAAAACUGCUAUAAAGGAAGAAAUGUCUCCUGGAAAUGCAGAUUUCUUUUUCAGCACAGAAUUAGGGAAUCCUAAGAAGGAAGAUGACAUUCCUAAGUGUAGACAGCUGAAUAAUAGGCGAUGCAGAAAAUUGUCUAGAAUUAUCACAUUGUUUUGAAAUGACAUUAGACCUAGCAUGAGGAACAGCGACUUUAUAUGAAGAGAUUGCUCUUCUAAAACACAUAUGUGAACUAGAAAUUCAGGCUGCUGCUGCAUCCAAUCACAUAUUGUAACAUCAUCAUCUAGCCAGAAAACUCCAAAUGUUCAGACAUUGCUUUCAGAUAAGAAAUACUUCUACAGCCACAGUUUGACCAAUUAAUUGUGACUGUAAUUUUUAGAGCAAAUUUUAAGCUUUAUAGUUUAAGAAAAAGCCUACCAACAAUAUGCAGUUUCUCAUGCAGGUAUUUUGUAAAUAUUUAAAAAUACUAAUAAUAUCUAAAUGCAGGGUGGUUUCUAGAGUUGCUUAACAUUAAUUUUUAUAUAUGGAUAAAUUUAUGCAUGAGAAAAAUGCUUAAUUUGUUAAAUGGUCUUUUCCACAUAUGGCUAAAAUGGUCUCAUGUUUAAACAUAUAAAAAGAUGCAUUAGCACUAGUAAAGUUAUACCUGUAACACUGUUCAACAUAUUUCAAGGGAUGAACAAUAUAGUAGAAUGAGUAAAUUCUCCAUAAUUACUCAUUAGAAAAAUAGAUUGUUAGUCGUUUAGCGGGGGACAGGGAGUCAAAACUUAAAAAUGAUACUAGAAUAUGGGGUGGGGAGGAGAAUAUUUGUAGGAUAUAAAAUCCCCAUACAGUGGUGCCUCGCAAGACGAAAUUAAUCCGUUCCGCGAGAGUCUUCGUCUAGCGGUUUUUUCGUCUUGCGAAGCAAGCCCAUUGACGGAUUAGCGCUAUUAGCGCUAUUAGCGGUUUAGCGGCUAUUAAAGGCUUAGGGGAUUAGCUGCUAAAAGGCUAUUAAAGGCUAUUAAAGGCUUAGCAGAUUAGAUAAAGGGGGGGGAAAGCGAAAAAAAAAUCUCAAGACUCGCAAGGUAUUUUCGUCUUGCGAAGCAAGCCCAUAGGGGAAUUCGUCCUGCGAAGCAACUUCAAAACGGAAAACCCUUUCGUCUAGCGGUUUUUCCGUCUUGCGAGGCAUUCGUCUUGCGGGGCACCACUGUAAUGCCUUCUAGCCAGUUGUAUUUGGUGUCACACUUCCCACCCCCCUUGUUUCUGCUCUAUUUAUUUUGCUUGUAUCUCUCAGGGUGGCUAACAACACACAAGUGAAAUUUAGCAAUAGCACAUAUAUUCUGACAGUAGUGACUUUAAAUUUCUGGUAAAGAAAUGUAUUCUGGAUUAGUAAAUUUUAAUGUCUUAAGAUCUGGUGUCUCCCAAUAUAUUCUCAUGAUCAUUAAUCUGGUUUAGCAGUACUGAGCUUUGUAAGUUUUGAAUGUGCUAAGAUAAGGUUACAAGACAUCCCUGUUUCCCGGGGACAGUCCCCGGAUUUACAAAUCAGUCCCCUGACAAAAUCCAUUGAAGUUGAAAAGUGUCCCUGGAUUCAUUGAAAAAAAUCUGGUAAACUUAUGCUUAAGAGGUCUGGGGUGGAAGAAAUGCUGUGUGUGAAAACAGUUGGAAGCUAUAGGUAUUCCUCAUGAGCGUUUUUUUAUUUUUUGUCAAAUAGCAACUCGUCUGCGAUACCUAAAGUAACCACUGAGGCAGCAGCCUGCUGAAAUAGUGAUUUUAAUAUCCCAUUUCCCCAUCACCGCCAUUAGCGCUUGUAGUGUAACGACUGGAAACCUGUGUUGAAUUGAGGCACUCAUUAUUUUCAUCCAUGAAUGUAGGAGCCUCCCAUCUACUGUGGCCUAACCAAAAAUGUCAGCACAUAAUUUUAAUGGUCUAAGUAGAAGCUAACAGGCAAAAGUUAUUUCUAAAGCUGAUUCAGAUGCUGCGCACUGAAACCUGUCCAGGCUAGGCUGCCUUUGCAUCCGGGGAUCACCUGUACGGACACAACUGGCAGCAUGGUCCUUCUCCAGCUGCAAGUGCAACCCAGCCUUGGAGAAUUCAUACACAGGUUAGGAGUCGUACGUAGGUGAAUGAAACUAUCAACAGAUGAUCAGCCUAGCAUGGCACAGAAGGUCCCACUGGAACAGGGGUACAGGGAGACUCCAAGUGCAAGCUGCGCUGUUUUUCUAAGCCUCCAUUCCUAAAAUUGUGUGCAUCAGUUUGCGGAUUGAGUGCCACAAAAGUGAGGGCGUUGAGAGUUAUGAAUGAAGGUGUUCUUAAGCAUACAGCUAGUGAAAAUCUGCAAGAUGUGAAUAAGGAAUAUAAAGGUACUUGAAUUUGUGAUGUCAAAGUAGAAGUGGAUUUUUACAUGUUCCUAAACAGAGCAUCUUAGAACUAGAAUUCUGCUCUAGGCAACCUGGGCUUUGACUCAUCUGAAACAAGCAAAGGUUUUGCACAGGAACAGCUAAGCGGUAUCCAAAGCUCCUUGAAAUCUUUUUCAUCCAUAGCAUUCUGCCGAUUGACUAGCACACACUUACUCAAGCAACAGGACAGUGCCAAAGGGCCCAUGGACUGCCACUACUAGAUUCACCCUGGUGUAGUUUUUUAACAAAACAUUCAUGCACUAUAUAGGUACUUUAAGUAGGUGUAGCAGUAAGCAGGUGUAGCAGUAGGUGUAGCAGAUGUAUGUUUAUGCUGUGUGUGCAUUUUCUGCCACUUGAAGAAAAGUGUGAGGUUUUAUAUUUGCAGUCCUGCUACGACCUUACAACACACUUGUCUGCACAGCAAGGCAUCAGGUUGGUUCAUUGAGGCUCUUUAGCUAGAAAAACCUAAUUAAGGCUGAGCUAUGGUUUGCCUCAUUUUUGAGUACUCCGUACUUGUUGCUGUAUUUUUAGUAUGUGAACUUUGGUUUUUAAAAAAGUUGAAAUAACAAUUUUCCCCUUUACAAAAACAGCUAAUGGGAUUUUUCUACAACUUGCCAGAAAUACUCAUUUCCAGGCAGAGAGCAAACAUGGACAAUUUCACACUUAACGUUGAACAUUUCAGAAAGUUCUGAGUGCUGGAAAAGGAAGUGUUAUACUGAAAAUUACAGCUGGCACUAUUCUCUAUCAAUCAAUAUUCAUUUGAACAGUUAGCUGUUGAUCUAAGGGAGUAAAUGCCAUCCUGUCAGGGGUGGGGGCUUCCUUCCUGACUUUUGAAAAUAGAACGACUUCUUUGUGUGAUGUAUGUGUAUAAUUAUUCUGCUUUGUGUUCAAGUGGGCUUUUAGUACAAUGGUUCUGUACCUUCACAUGGACACAGAAGGCAUGCUGAGCAUGAAAAUUCAUUAAACAUAAUAUGCAUGACUGCGAGUGUUCAAGGGAGGGAAAGCAUACUUUCACUUAUGCUUGAUGGUGCUCAUUGUUCUCUACCACUCUCCCUUCAGACUUACAGUCAACUCUUUUUAAAGGGACUCUCGUACCUAACUGGUGUGUCUCUGUACGUGCCCUUGCUUGCAUGCAGCGGGCGCAUACUCUGGACACAACUCCAAAGUCCUUUAGGUUUCCAUAGAUGUUGCACAAGUACCUUCAUAUAGUUCUGAGAUCCCUCUGUGUGAGCGUAAAUAUCUCUGCUGGUGCUAGAAGCUAAAGGAGCAUGCCAAAAAGUGAGGGAGCAGAAGGAAGCUGGCCCCCAGCCAGAUCUUUUGACCAUUUUUCUUGAUCGUGUCAGGGUCAAGGGGGGGGGAGGACUUUUAAGAACAAUGGGCUGUAGAAGGAUUGGACUGAAAGCAUAGAAUGCUACGUGUGAGCAACCCAAAGGAUUAAUUUUUAAGUCAGACUCUUGUAACAUUUUGCUGCACUAAUGUUUCAACAAAGAGUUGAUUCAGUACUGGAUAUACAUUUUACACCAGUCAAGUGUAUAAAUUGUAAAUAAUAUGCAAACAGAAGCUUUAUUGUUUUAUUAUAACAUGUGAGGUUUUUUAAAAAAAAUGAUAAUGCUUUUGGCUCUUAAUUUUUUUUAUAGAAAAAUCACUUAGAAAGAAGUCAAAUAAAUAAUGCUAAUGCAAAUAACAUUAUGUACCUAGUAGGCAGCAUUACUUAUUACUGUCUAUGGCAUUUGUAGCUGCAUGACUUCCUUUUGAAUCUAAACAUCCUAAUUUAUCCUUAAUGCAUGCUGACAUUUAUCUCUCAGAGAAUUUGUUUCUGUAGCCUACCUUGUCUGUAGCUCCAACUUUACCAGUUUUCUUUUGUGUUGGAAAUUAGUUGUGUAAAACUUUACAAGAUAUUCAAAAUUACAAACCACUAGAAAAUACUGUGAGUAGAAUUUAAUUUUUGCAGCCUGUCUUGCUGGCGGCUGGAUUCCAAAAAAAGCAGGCUGGAUGCAUGCAUGCCAGUGCAACCAGGAUUUUAACAGUGUCAAUAAUCUUUGCUCAUCAUACUUCUCCACACACACCCAAAAAUCUGUGUCUCUGUGUGUUCAUACAGAUUUACUCACAUACAAACCUUCACUCUGCCGGCUAACAAAGCAAUGCUUCAUUUAUUGUGUCUUUGAUUCUUGUUUGGUUUACCCCCGACAAAUGAAAACCUGUCCCUCUCUUCAGUGAAUUAGCUGCUUGUAAAUAAAAUUUCUGAGGCUUUGGUGUCUGAAGUGGCAAGGAUUAGAAUAAUGAAAAAGCACGUUCCCUUUGACUAUAGUUUUUCAUUCACUGUUGUUGUUUUUUUACUUCUCUGCUUCUAAUUGUUGCUUAGAGAAUUUACUGUAACAAUGAUUUAUUUUUCUGCAUACAUACAGUACAAAUGUAAGAUUAAAUAAUCCCUCUCUGUUUACUGCUCGCAAUAUUAAAAUUACUUGAUCCGUUGGUUGGGUUUUUGUUUUUUGUUUUGUUUUUUGAGAAGGGGGAGCCUUGGAGGGAAGAAGUAACGUACAAGCAGAUGUGCUGCUAGAUCUACAGGCUUCUGCCAACCAUAUGGCAUCUUAAAGAAAGAUGGUUGGAGCGUCUGGAUUAGCAAAGAGUUGGGAUGGAAAGCCAUGUGUCGUGUUGGUACAGGCAGUUGUUUUAGCUCUCUGUAAAAGGCUUCAGGAGAUUGUGUAAUGGAACAAAUGGUACUGCAAGCCUAGUAACAGCCUUACCGCUGCUGGAGAGGCAAUUGGCCCCCAGGCGCCUACUGCUUCAUCUUUUUUUCUCUCCCCCCCCCUUUCCUUUCCUUUUCAUUUCUUUCUUUUUUCUUUUCUUUUUUGCAAAUGUAUUGGAAACUCCAUGACUUGAUUCUAAACUUUUUGCUUGCUUCUGCACAAUACAUUGCUGAGGCUUCACCUUAGCUGCCUCUUUCUCUAUUCCUACACCCCCGGAAAAAACCUGCAAUCAGGUUUACUUUAAAUGAAAUACUGUAAAUGAAAUUGAAAGUAUUUGGACAUUUUGCUAGAGUUUUUGCAGUGUCUUAUGGCAGGCUGUGCUCUGCUGGUAUGCCCUUUGUUUAAUUGGGGUGGGGAUGGGGGGAGGAAUAGCAUUUUAAGCACACAAGUUUGGCAUUGCUGUUUUAUUUGCUGCAUUUUUCUUUUUACUCCAGAGAAGGGCAUCAUCCCACCUGCGCUAAUGGAUUGAAGGCAGGUAUCAGGACUAUAUUAUCUGGAUUUGUGUGCCUUACAGGAAACUUCUGUGAUGUACUUCCUUGUCCAUGGAAAUUGCUAGAUUUUAGACAAUGAAUGUUCAGACAUUCCUAUCAGUUUUAACUACACGUAUUUAACAAUUCAUUGAAGACUUAUUAAUAAGCUAUUGGUUUGGAAAGGCACUGGUCUGAAAUGGAAAGGAGGCCCUAAACUGUUGACAACUCAUUUUGAGAAAGUUGAGGGAGUUUGGGCUCAAAGUUUGAAUAUUUAUCAAAAAGGUAACUCGUUUAUGAAAAUAUGCAAAUAAUCAAUAAUAAAGAUUCACACUGUGAAAUUCAAUUAAAAUAUUAUUUUUUUGCUAAGCUACCAUUAUUUGUAAGUUGUUAAUCAGGCUGAAUAUAUCAGUUAGAAUUUCAGCUGUAAUAUUUAGAAGAUUCUAAAAGGAUUUGCAUUAUUUGUGAAACUUGCUAAUAUGGGUUCUCCCAGAGCUCCCGUACCUGCAAGCACAAGUAUGCCUGCCAUCCCCACAAGAAAACAAAAUGAGCACUACAAAUCUGGCAGGAGGCAGGACAAUCUAGUGAAUUGUCUAAAGCAGAGGUUCUCAAUUAGGGGUCUAGGGACCCCGGGGGUCUGCAAAACGCACUGAGGGGGUCUGUGCCCCCUUGCCUUACCUCCUGACCAAUGUGUUGUUGUUUUUUGUCAUUUUUGCAUAGCAAUGUCACAAAUUUUAUGGUCUUUUUUUUUUUGAAAAAGUAUACCUUAAAUCCUCUGCUUAUUAGGGCCUACCCCACAUUUUGUUCAAAAACUUGCUUUGCAGAGAUAACUACCAUAGAGUUAUCAAAAGUUUCAAAAGCUUGGCUUUUGAAAAAUAGAGGGUCCUCAGUAAUUAGCUAAUUGGGAACCACUGGUCUAAAGCACCAUUUUGUAGAAAUAAUUUUGGUUGGGGCCUGAUGAGAUGGACAGUGUAAGUGCUGGGAACUGAUCAGUCACAUGUCUGCUUGCCCCUUCUUCACAGAAGGCAUCUGAAGGCAGCCCUGUUUAGGGAAGCUUUUAAUGUUUGAUGCAUUAUUGUACUUUAAUAUUUUGUUGGAAGCUGCCCAGAGUGGCUGGGGAAGCCCAGCCAGAUGGGCGGGGUAUAAAUAAUAAAUUAUUAUUAUUAUUAUUGUCACUAUUAUUAUUAUUAUUAUUAUUAUUAUUAUUAUUAUUAUUUCAUUUAGCAGAGAGGAAAGGCAAUACCUGGCUGCGUCCAGGGCAUCCCAUAACACAUGCCUCCUUGUGAGAGGAAGUAGUUGUGAGGCCACUCCUGGAAAACUACGACCCCAGAUCCAGAAGACUGCAGAAAGUGCUGGGCAGUUGCAGGCAUCCCUUUCUUAGAUGAGGCUAUUGAGAAGGUGGUCACAAGGCAGCUCCAGGCAUUCCUGGAUGACACAGAUUAUUUUGUUCCUGUUGAAUCUGCACUUAGGCCUGGGUUUGAUACUGGACUGCAGAAGAGGUGCUGUAAUGGUGCUUGAAAGCAGUAAUAAACUUGGAUGAGGGUAGUUCAAUCCCAACAAGAUGGAGCGUGGUUCAUCUGUUCAGGGAGUUGGUGUUUAACCAGUUCCUGGAAGGGUCAGGAGGUGCUCGUAGAUCUAUCAUUGUCAGGGAAGACUCAAGUGGCCUCAGUGGUAUACAAUGUCAGCUAAAGCUGGUGUACCAGCUGCAGCCUCUCCUGGACAAAGAUAUUUUAGCCUCAGACAGCCUUACUCUGGUAAUUUCCAAGUGCUGCAGUACGUUCUGUGAUGAGGCUGCCUUUGAAAACUGUCCAGAAGCUACAAUCAGUUCAAAUCAGUUCAUCUAGAAUGCUAAAAGGGACCAGGAAGUGGGAUCCCAUCACAGUUCCUUUGAGACAACUUCAUUCGCUUCCUGUUUGUUCCUAGGCUCUAUUCAGAUGUUUAGCUUUUGAAGCCCUACCUAACUUAAGAUCCAUGUAUUUGGUGGGUUGUCUUUUCCUGUAUCCGUCUGCCUGUUGAGAUCUAGAUGUGAAGCUUUUAUUCUGGUAGCACAACCAUCAGGAGUAAAGGAGAGAUCCUUUUCCGUGGUGAUACCUUGCCUGUGGAAUGUUUUACCAGACAAAUACCUUUCAUUUCCCUAUGCUUUUAAACAUUGCUGAGUACAGUACUACGAUUUUGUUUGUAGUUGUAUUAUUUCCCAUUUGUUAGCUGCCUAUGGGUUUUGCAAACUGAAGGAUGGAACAGAAUGUGCAUGUAAAUAAAUAAGCAAAAAAAAAGUUGGAUUCUAUUUGGAAUAGCACUAUCAAUUAUAUAGAAGACUUCACUUGGUAUAGUACAUUUGAACAUUAUGAUAAGCAUCUGAAAGCCAAUACAUAUAUGACUUGUUCUUACACUUCUGGGCGCUGCUGAAUUUGUUUAUCUUACCGUGAGCAACAUGUCCAGUUUGCCUUUUUCACUUGUCUACUAGAAAAUCAGUAGAUACACAAAAUACUUUAAAGAGAGACUUUUUAUUACCUGAAGCACCUUUAAGAACAACUAAUAAGGAUUUUUUUGCCUUGCAUUUUUUCUUUCUUCUACAUGAAUCUUCCUUCCCUGCUCUCCUAAAAUCAAUUGUUUUAAAAAGUUCGGCUCAUUACAAUGUGUCUGCAUCAGAGGGCAGAUUGUGCAGCUUAUAAAUGAAUGGGUUGUUUUUGCCCAUCACAGCAGUCCUUUCAGUCUUCAUCUAGAAUUUGGCAUCUUAAGGCUUCAGGACUGGAUCCAAAGGAGUGCUGUAUUUUUGUUUUAAGUGCAUACGCGCACACAUUAAAAAUGAAGAAUGAUUGAUUUUUUUUUAAUGGAGACAGUGACCAACAAACGAACAGAGUUAACAGAAGCUGAUACAUUUAUCAACAUUGUUUUCUAAAUUUCUUGAAAUGCCUGAUGUCUCUUCAGGCCUCCCAUACGCUCUGUGCAAGCCAUCAAAAACCGAGUAAAGAAUUCUCUCUUCGUUCUGCGCAGCAUGCUCAAACACCACAUGCACUGUCUGCUAUGUGUCACUUCUUAUGAAGCUCAUGCUGGGAGGCUCUUUUUAAAGGCAAAGUGUUUCUGAAGAAAGGAGUUUGGAUUGGGCAGCUUGCUGCAGACGAUCUUUCUGGCUCAGUACUGAAUUAGCAUAGUGGUGGUUGUGCUUAGUUUCAUGCUAGAAGGCAGCAAAAACUGGCGCUUCGGAGCCAUGGAGGAGGACAAUGGAAGUAUAUAGCAAAUGCAGAUGAAAUUCUUGUUUUCCUUUGCUAACUGAAGGUGUUUGGCCUGGAAUUCGGACUUCAACCCCAAGGUUUCCUUUAGUAAGCAUGAAAAAUGCUGCCAGAAUGAAGGGGAAAUGUCAUUCCCACCUGUCAGAGUUGACCUGUGGGGAGUUGGGAAUAAAGUCUCCCUGCCCCACUCUAUACCCACAGUGUAAUAAUGGUGACUUUAGCUUCAGUUCUUUGUCUGUAAACAACAACAACAACAAUAAUAAUAAUAAUAAUAAUAAAGGUUUGUUGGUUUGUUUGUCCGAAGGGAGUUGUAAAGAUGAAAUAAAAAAUUGUAAAUUCUGCAUGAAACUGCAGGGGAGGUUAUCCAGAGAUUAGAGCAUGAGGCACCUCAGGUUGCCAAAACUACUUCUGGCUUUGGAAUUGGACCACCAGUCACAGAAUGGUGGUAAGAUGGAGGUGGUGUGUAAUAUACUCAAUUGGCAGUUCCUGGCAUCAUAUUGAUGUGCAGUCCCUCUUCUCAGAAAUUGCAAAUGGUUAAAUUCUUUAUUACAGCUAUUUCCUUGUAGUAGGGAGUUCCACAGUUCAACUUCCCUUGAGUGAAGUGCAGACAUUGGCUCUGGAGGCAUUAUAACUAAGCCUUCCUAUUUAAAGGCCGAAUUUGCUGAUCCAAAUGGAGAAGGCUUUUUAAUUUGUAUUUUCCUUCUACCCACCCUCAUGCCUCUCAAAGUAUUUUUAUUCCUCUCCUGACAUUUCUUUUCCUGUACUUUCACGCUUAGCUUGUACCCUUUCCCAUCACCCCAAACUGUCAAUUUCUUUCACCCCUCCUGCCUGCUUUUACAUUUGCUUCUUCUUGCCACAACAGCUUCCCGUUUUCAUCCCAGUCCUCUCUGUUCCUUGUUGUUGUUGUUACUACAACUAUUAAAAUAUUCACUUCAGUUCCUUGCAAGGCACCCUCUGACGCAUUCCCCUCAAAGCAAGGGGACCUCCACCCCCAAAUGUCUACAUCUUCCAGACCUCUUUGUUCACUGCCAACUUCUCUUCCACCCUCUCCCCACAUGUGUGUAUGCACACACGGGUUCUCCAGCUCCUAAUGCCUGGUUUUUCUUCUGAGAUGGAGGUAGCAGCUGUCACCUUGGCAUGAGUCAGGAGACGCUUCCUGGAUGACAAGAGAAGACUGGGGUGUGAGUGGCUGUGUGUGUUUGUGGAGGGCAAUAAGUGCCUUCUACAAAACGUAUUUUAUAUGCUGUUUUCUAUUAUUAUUCUAUAAAUUUCUAUAACCACCCUACAACCGAGGAUCACAGGGUGGUUUACAAUGUAAAAGCACAAAAAUACAUAACAUACUGACAAUUUAAAAAACAACAACCCUCCCAGUUUAAUAGGCCGUAGAUUGUUUCAUUAGCUAAAGGCCUGGGAGAAGAGGAAUGUUUUUGCCUGGUACCUAAAAAUAUCUAAAGAAGGUGCCAGGUAAGCCUCCCUGGAGAGAGCAUUCUACAAAUGGGGAGCCACCACAGAAAAGACCUAUUUGCGGACCUCUCACAGAGGAGGCACAUGAAGCAUGAAGAAAGGCCUCAGGAGAUGAUUCCUCAGAGGGAACGUAACCCCAUCAAGAGAAGGCAGCCUCCCAUCCAUCCAGUCCAGGGAACCACCCACUAAGAGGGCCUCAGCCUAAUCUGGAUUGAGUUUCAGUUUGUUGGCUCUCAUCCAGUCCAUUACCGAGGCAAGACAGUGGUCCAGGAUAUCACUGCCACAUCUGCAAAUGCAAAGGAAAAGUAGGGUACAUGCAUUAAACAAAGGCAAAGAGCACCCAGCACUUUCACCUGCUGCCUAUUGUCUCUGAGCUUCUAGGCAGGGUCUGUUGAGGAGUGGAGGGAAGAGAAGAAUACACAUAAUAAUGCCAGUGUAGUGAUGGAUGGAUUCUUUUUAAUAUUUCCAUGUUACUAUUAAUAGUAUCCACCUCUUUUUCUUCCCCCAAUAUUCACUCCAUAUUUUUCUCCUCACAAAUCUGUCCCAUUCCUUCUCCAAAAUUUCUGAGAUGGGGAUUAAAUCAGCCACUGUCACUAGCAUCCCCUCUGGGGUAAGGGCUGAGUCUUGCCCAGCCUGUUGGGAACUGAGCUAGCUCCGGCCUACCUCUACUCAGCCCCAACAAUGUGGUUUCAUAGCCCAGCCAUAAUUAUAGUGGUACCUCGGGUUAAGUACUUAAUUCGUUCCAAAGGUCCGUUCUUAACCUGAAACGGUUCUUAACCUGAAGCACCACUUUAGCUAAUGGGGCCUCCUGCUGCUGCCGCGCUGCCGGAGCACAAUUUCUGUUCUCAUCCUGAAGCAAAGUUCUUAACCUGAGGUAAUAUUUCUGGGUUAGCGGAGUCUGUAACCUGAAGCAUAUGUAACCCGAGGUACUACUGUACAUUUUUUUUGGUGUGAAGAGCUCUUGGAAACUGAUAUUUAUAUCCACAGUGAUGCUAGAUAAAUAUUAGUUUGUGAGGAAACCACAAUGCAGAGAAAUAGGUUGCCAGGAGACAGCAACAUGACCAACCCUAUUUGUGAUGAUGUUCAGGAAACUCCAGCAUAGGUUAAUAGAAUGGGAUUUCUUUUUCAGUUUUGAGUUGGGUCUUGUCAGUUUUUGUUUUGGCAAUAUCAUCAGAUGUUUUAUGCAUUUUUCUAAGUACAAAUAAAAGUAAAGAUGAUGAUGGAAAGAACUGUGUUUUGACUAAAUACUCCUCUUCAUAUCUAUGACGUGAGGGAGUUAGCAGAGAGGCUUACGAAAUUAAAUGGAGUAGUUAGAAUUACUUAUUCAUGUUUCCUUAAAAGUGAGGCCACUAUGUUUUAUGGGGCUUAUUCCCAGAUAUUUGUGCAAAGGGUGCAGCCUUAGUUCUAUUUCAUUUAACAGUAUUUAAUCAUUUGUCAUAAAUUUAAACAUUGCUUAGGACUGCUUCACAAUGAUAUACAUUGCUUGAUGACCAGCAGCUGAAGUGAACUGAUUCAGUUAUGUCUCAAAUGUGUGGGGUGAUAUUAAGGUUCUUUCUGUGGUUUUUUGACCCGUAAUGGCUCAUUCAUACAUAGAAGUCACCACAAAAUGCUGCAGUUAUCAAAUGAAGAUAAUGCAUACGUACACACACACACACACACACACACCUGGCAUUUCAGUUAAUUGCUGUGUUAACUUCACAGAUUACCAUUUUCUCACACAGAAACAAUAUUUUUGUAGUGUACUGUAAAGUGAAGCACAACUGUUUUUUCCUACUCAGGUUGGAUUGCUUCUGCAUGCCUCUGUUGCCCAUCCGUGAAUUUGCAGUGCCAAAAACAUGCUGUGCUUCGCACAUUCCAAUAAACUCAUAUUUUUCUACACAAAGAGAACUCCAAGCAGAGGGGAAAAGCACAGUAAUGUGCGAAACCCUAAAUGGUGACACAUCUUGGGUGAUUUGGGAACUUUGGGGGUGUUAAAAGAAUGAAUGGAAUACGCACUGCAAAGCUCUUUGCCUAUUAAAGGGACUGAAUUAUUUAGUGUUUAGCUUGAGUAUUCAGAGGUCAAGAGGGCUGGCGUCUUCCUGGAACUGAAAUCAGUCAGCAGAGAGCACUGUCAUUUCCCCACAUUAUUCCCAACGCAGCCACCACAGUAAUAGGGUUUUAUGAUAUGGAAAUAUUUUGUGGGGGGUGGGCACUGCAGGUUUUCUGGAAGAUGGCGCAAGCUUGUUUUCUCCUGCUUGGCUAGGACCCAAACCGAUGGCUUCAAGUUACAGUGGUACCUCGGGUUAAGAACUUAAUUCGUUCUGGAGGUCCGUUCUUUACCUGAAACUGUUCUUCACCUGAGGUACCACUUUAGCUAAUGGGGCCUCCUGCUGCUGCUGCCGCGCUGCCAGAGCACAAUUUCUGUUCUCAUCCUGAAGCAAAGUUCUUAACCUGAGGUAAUAUUUCUGGGUUAGCAGAGUCUGUAACCUGAAGCGUAUGUAACCUGAAGCGUAUGUAACCCGAGGUACCACUGUACAAGAAAGGAAAUGCUGACUAAACACCAGAAAGAACUUUCUGCUGUUAAGAGCAGCUUGAUGGUAGAACGGUCUCCCUCAGGAGGUUGUCGACUCUCCUUCCUUGGUGGUUUUAAAGCAGAGGUUGAAUGGCCAUCUGUCAUGGAUGCUUUAGCUGAGAUUCCACAAUUGCAGGGAGUUGGACUAGAUGACCCUCAGGGUCCCUUCCAACUCUACAAUUCUAUUAUUCUAAACACUACAUAAAAACAGCCUGCUGGAUCAGGCCCAUGGCCCAUCUAGUCCAGCAUCCUGUUCUCACAGUGACCAACAGGAUGCUUGUGGGAAACCAGCAUGCAGGAUCCAAGCACAGAACCCCUCUCCCUUCCUGCACUUUCCAGCAACUACGGUAGUAUUCAGAAGCAUUACUGCCUCCCAGCAUGGAGGCAGAGCACAGCCAUCGUGGCUAGUAGUCAUUGAUACCUUUAUCAUCUGUGAAUUUUUCUAAUCCUCUCUUAAACCCUUCCUAGUUGGUGGCCUUCACUGUCUCCUGUGGCAACGAAGUCAAUACUUUUAAGUACCCACUGCAUGAAGAAAACCUGGGAAGACCAGUUUACCAUAGAUGAGUGUGCAAGGAAUUCUCAGAAGAUUCCUUCUUCCUGCUUUCAAAUCCCUUAAACUCUCUGGGGUGGAGGGGGAGCUAUUUUCUUCAGCGUUUGACUUCACCUGCAAAGUCACGCAGCUGCGUUAUCCCUCCAAGAUCUAAUAUUGAAAUGUGGACUCUCUUUUCCCAAGUGGUUUAUUGCCUUUUUGCAGAAUUCCUUUGGCUGCCGACUUUCCUCUGAGUCUUUCUGUUCAGCUCAAUUGGUUUCUUUCAGUUACCGUGGUAACCAGCAGAUGGGGUUCUUUGACAAGGGUCAGUAGGGAGGCUGCCACCAUAUACAGGAAGAGUGGCUAAAUAACAAAGCUUUCAGUGCUGACAGUUCAGCAAUAGCCAGCCAGGAGUAGUUAUCAGAUUACUUAUAUUAAAACCUAAUUAAGAUGUGUGCCAGUAAGUGCAGCGUGGAUAUUGGAUUUGGUGAUUUAGCUGCUGCCAGUUGCUGUAAUUCAAUCUCACUGCUAUGGCACCUACAGCUUUGCAGAGUACAGUAGAAAUCGGUUUCAUGCAUAAUCCGAUGGUACUGGAAUGAUGCAUAAUGUAAUCGUUUGGUCUCUUCCGGCUUAGCACCUCAAUCCUGGCCUCAUUAUAUAUAUUUAUAGCAAACUGGAGAGCGAAGGGUUCUCUUCACAUAUUAUGAACUCUCCCAGCCAGGUGAGCUUUUGCAGCCAAUGCUGUGACGUGUCAUAUAUUUACCAAUUUUACAAUAUGGCGGUCAGUUAUGGAAGAUGAUUAGUUUUACUUUGGGCUGGUGGAAUAGGAAGAGAACAUUGCAGAAGUAAAAACUGGAAAGCAUUUUUUUUUGGGGGGGGGACACAUUUAAAAAGCCUUCUGAUAGCAUGCUUCAGAGCACAGGAUUCCAAGCACUCUUUCCCCUUCUCCUUGAUUUCAUUCCUCUAUCUCUCUUUCCUUGCCCUGCCAUUCAUCAGUAUCCUUUUUGUUGGAGUAACUUCUCAGUGUAGACCAGGAAGUGGCCCUUUCAGGCAACAAGAUAGCUAUUUCUCACUUUUAUACGUUAUGCUUCUCUGUUCUAGCCACUCUAGUCCAUCAUUACCUGCCUUCCACCAAGUUGCUACUCUCAUGUAUUUGACAUCCCAUGCCAUUGAGUUAUUAUAGGACUGUUUAAGGGGUGAAGUUUUUUGUUUUGGUUUUUCCCCCCUUAGACUUUUUCCUCACUAAAGAUUUUGGAGCAUCUGUAAAGCCUGCCAAUACUUCUCCCUUGUGUGUGAUGCUAUCUACAUGGUAGUAGCACGGAAGGACCCAAAUCUAUUAUCAUAUAUAGUAAUACAGUGUAGACCAGGCAUAGGCAAACUCGGCCCUUCAGAUGUUUUGGGACUAUAACUCCCAUGAUCCCUAGCUAACAGGACCAGUGGUCAGGGAUGAUGGGAAUUGUAGUCCCCAAACGUCUGGAGGGCCGAGUUUGCCUAUGCCUGAUCUAGGCCCUAGCUUACAUCCCAGUUAUCUUCCUGCUCCAGCUGUGUAAAUAAAGAUUGGGGGCAGGGGGAUCUGGUUUUCCCAGCUGUGUCAAGUGCCUCUUUAGGUUGGAUGUGAUACAAGUACUUGGAUGGGAGAGGAAGGCAAGUUGUUGCAUUUGUGACUCAGCAGUUCCAUUCCCAGGUUCUGCUGCUAUUUGCUCAGGAAAGUGCUGAACCAGAAGGGGGUCAGGCUAUGUGGCUGCAACUUUCUAGGUCUAAAUUUACUUUUUAGUGUGACUGAGAGAGAAGGGGGAUAGCUGGAUAUAUGCUGAUAGGUAUGUCUGUAGACAUAUUUAUGACUCUUUAUGCUGAGUACUUAAUGCAUAACGGAGGUCUGUAAACUCAGUAAAUCACUCUUAAACGGGACAUGCUUUGCUGACCUUACACAUUCUGCAAAUUAUGUAAUCUGUGGACACAGUGGGGAAUUCCUGUUUGGCGUCAAUUGAAUGACAAUAUGGGGGGGGGAGAGAGAGAGAAUGUAAAUAAGCUGGAGUCUGGUAAUUCAUUGGUGGAACCUAUGAAGCUAUGAGACGUGGUAUUAGUAAUUUCUGAGGUAACUUUCAUGUCCCUGAGUAGAACUAUGCAUACACUUUGUAUUAUGCGGUGGUUUUCUACCAAUGAUCAGGGCUGGGUUAAUCACAUUAAGCACAUGCUUAGCGCAUCAAGGGAAGGGGGCACCACAGAAAUUUUCCAUUGUCAGAUUUACCAUGGAUAAUAUGGUGCAGCUGAACCAGGUUCCACAAAAAAGACUCCUACAAUAAAUGAAUUUAGUAAUAAUAAAAUAGUAAUAAUAGAGAUUAAUGAUAUACAUUUUAGGGAAGCCUUUAAUGUUUGAUGUAUUAUAGUAUUUUAAUAUUUUUUUGGAAGCUGCCCAGAGUGGCUGGGGAGGCCCAGCCAGAUGGGCGGGGUAUAAAUAAUAAAAUUAUUAUUCUUCUUCUUCUUCUUCUUCUUAUUAUUAUUAUUAUUUUGGAAAUACAACAGAAAUAAAGUCUGGUAACUUGAGUCCCCUGAGCUCACAUGAUCGUUCUUAUCUUGGUCAUGUCGGCUCCUGUUCAGUCGUCCACUGAGAGUGAGUUUUUUGGGGGGUGUCUCCAAAUUUGGAGGUUUUUAAAGGCCUUGGUGCGAAUUUUGGAGGUAAUUAUUGGGGGGGGGGGUAAGGGAGCAAAAUAUUAACCACAUCGAUUUUGGAAGCAUUCAUUGUGUCAACCCACAAUGAAAUUACCCUAGAGUUUCAUUUUAUUUGUGACCAAUUCUAAGGCAAUAUGUAAAAAGUGAGUGACAAUUGACUGUCAUGUAUAUAAUAGUGUGUUAACAAUAAACAUUAUUUUCCAUGUUACUGUAGGUUUUGUUUCAUUUCGAAAAAUAAAAAAAUAUUUUGCAGUUUGAAUUAGAUAUAUAUGGGGACACCAAAAUAUUAAGUGCCUGGGGCCUCUAAAUGGCUUAAUAUGGCCCUGCCAGUGAUACAUAUUGGUAAAGGUAAUUUUGUGAAUUCUUCCAGAUAAGAUUUCUAAUUUAAAAAUAAAAAUACUUGACAAUGUGUCUGUGUAGGGGAAGAAUGUAUACCUAAAGGACAGCUUCUACCAUGCGCUUCACUUCCGGAGAAGCCUUGGGUCAUUCCCUCCUAUAACUGCCCCACCAGAGCAACCUCUUUUUAUCUGUUUUUUUCCAGGUUACAGCAGCUUGACAAGCAUUGCCAGACUACUGCCCAGCAGCUAGUGGAGCUGCUGAACAAGCAGAAUGAGCUAUACAAGGAGAGGCAGAUGCUUACUGAGGAGGUGGAGUUCCUGAGGAUUCAGGUACCACUCAGAACCAGGAAAAAAUGAAUAAAAGCUAGAGAAAAACGCUUGACCAUCAGUGACUAAAACAAAAGAACCGGGCCAAUACAGUUUCAAAAUCUGAAUCCUGUGACUGCAAAUUCAAAUCAUCGCCUUCAUACAGUUGUUGAUCUGGACACUCUAAGCUUCCCUCUACUUCCCCAGUUUUUGCCCUUUCUCCUUCCCUAGAAGAGGAGCUCAUUUGAAGGUUCAGCUGUCAUAAAAAAAACGCAGCCACAUUUGGACAUUACAUUUCCAGUGAGGACUGGAAAGAGUGCUAUAGGUGCCAGUUACAAAAAGGCACUGGGGCAUUUAAGAACACAAAAUGGCCGCCACUGCGAAAAUAGCAGGCAUCCCAACUACACCCGCACCCAUGGAGAAAAAAGGCACGACAUCAGCCACUGUUGCAUUUGUUCAAAGAGGUGCGCUAUUUGCACAGAAGGGAGGGGCAGUGGGUGUCCAGUCCUGGUACCCUGUGAAAUCGGGGCAUGAUUUAGGGGGCAUGGUCAGUGCAGGAGGAAAAAACUCUCUCAUUUGUUGUGGAUUUUGGAGGGGAUAAUUGCUGCGAUUUUUUGCAGCUGCCAUAAGAAGUACUGGUGCGUGCAUUUGGCACCAUAGCUGAACAUGAUAUGAUCCAGUUGCAGCGAGUCUUGAGCUUAUGCGCGCUCUCUUCCUUUGAGGAGUUCAGAAGCUGUCACAUGUGCUUUGGUCAACUGAACCAAGAAACUAUGGGUUGUUUAAAAUUAUUGUGUAUGACUAACAAAGCGUGCUUUCCUUACAUGGGGCAAAUACCAGAAACCUUGUGCUAUCUAUUCUGAAGUCUGACUAGAUAUGGAAUGUAUGCAACCUUCUUUUUAUAAAAGAGCUGUUUCCUAUAAAAAUCAUAAAAUUACUACCUGAGUUGGUAAAAAUUAAGGUGCUGGCACACACACGACUUGAUAAAUGGUAAAAUGUCUCUCCCACCCCUCUCCUCUUCCUUGCAACCCUAUCUCCCUUCUCUAUUGCAUUUGAGAUGAGUUUUAAGUAUAUAUUUUAUUCAUAUAUUUCAAAUAAAAAAUAUUUAAGGUCCUUCUUUU